CCGGCGCAGCCCGCCCGGCCGCUCGCACUAUCCGCUAACUAUUCGCAAUCGACCGACGUCUUGGUUGUCGGACUUGGGUUAUAAUGACUUGACUUCUGCUAAAUGAACCCGUGCACUAGUAUAAGUUUAUCGCAGUGGCGUAUCAGUUUCUUACCGGGCGAGUGCCGAGGCGAUCGCUCCCGUACGAUAAGGACUAUUAGCGUCGAGUGAGAGUUUUUUCGUGCGUUGUGCUGCCGAGGCGGCGUGAUGGAGAAGCAGUCGAGGUGGUCGGAGCAGCGCUCGGAGCAGCGCAGCGAGCAGCGCUCCGAGCAACGCGUGCAGCUGGUCCAGCAGCGCACCGAGCACCACUACACGCACCAGUCGCUCUCGCAAGUUGAGGGUGCUGGCGGCGACCGCUUACAAAUCACCUCAGGCAGACAUGGGGACCCGUCUCCACCCAUUUUUGAACAGAUAUUUAAAAAUGCGAGGUUUGCACAAGGUGGAAACGCAAAAUUUGAAGGUAAAUUAAGAGGAAACCCAACGCCCGUUGUUUCAUGGACCAGAAAGAAGGCACCAUUAGUAGAAUGUAAUAAAUACAGUAUGAGUUACAAUGAACAAACUGGCGAUGUAUCACUUCUCAUCAAGCAGAUCGGGCCUGGUGACGAAGGGGAGUAUACAUGUACAGCUCGGAACCAGUAUGGUGAAGCGAUUUGUUCAGUGUACAUUCAACCUGAAGGUGUGCCGGUGCCUGCGCACCAAGCUUCACAGCAACAGAGCUACAAGCACAUUAGUGAAAGCGUUGAGCACAAAUCUUAUGGAACACAAGGGUAUUCAACUGAGCAAUCGCGACAGUCACAAAGAUACGAGUAUACAAAUGGUUCAGAUAUUUCAUCAACUGAGGACUUUAAAGUGGACACCUUUGAGUAUAGAUUACUGAGAGAGGUAUCUUUUAGAGAAACUAUUACUAAAAGGUACAUGGGAGAAACCGACAUUCAUAUAAAUACGGAAAUCGAUAAGACUUUAGGACCAGUAUCUCCACCAAAAAUAUCUCAGAAACCAAGAAAUUCUAAACUCCAAGAAGGAACUGAUGCGCAGUUCCAGGUACAAUUGUCGGGCAAUCCUCGGCCACGUGUCACGUGGUUUAAAAAUGGCCAGAGGAUUGUUAACUCAAACAAACACAAUAUUAUAAAUACUAAUAAUCAAACUAUUCUUAGGAUAAGAAACACACAAAAGUCUGAUUCUGGUCACUACACUCUUUUAGCUGAAAAUCCCAACGGAUGUAUUGUAACUUCAGCGUAUCUUGCGGUGGAAUCUCCUCAAGAUACCUAUGUACAAGAUCAAAAAUCACAGUACAUAAUGGAUACUCAACAAGUAGAGACUGAAAGAAUAGAAAUAAGUGAAAAAGCCCUCGCUCCGCAGUUUGUAAAAGUCUGUCAAGACCGUGAUGUCACGGAAGGAAAAAUGACGCGAUUCGAUUGCCGCGUCACAGGCAGACCUUACCCAGAAGUCACGUGGUUCAUUAACGAGAGACAAAUCCGAGACGAUUAUAAUCAUAAGAUUUUAGUAAACGAAUCCGGUAAUCACGCGCUAAUGAUUACCAACGUCGGAAUUAAUGAUAGCGGUGUAGUAACGUGUGUAGCGCGAAACAAGAGUGGAGAAACAUCUUUUCAGUGUCGACUGAACGUAAUAGAAAAAGAGCAAGUCGUUGCUCCGAAGUUCAUUGAACGUUUUAGUACUUUAAGUGUGCGAGAGGGAGAGCCUGUUAUAUUGAAUGCGCGCGCUGUUGGCACACCUACACCGCGGAUCACAUGGCAGAAGGACGGCGUUCCAAUUAUACCCAAUCCAGAGUUACGAAUUCAUACCGAAGGUGGGGCCUCGACAUUAGACAUACCCAGAGCUAAGGCGUCGGAUGCGGCAUGGUAUCAGUGCACUGCACAAAAUGUCGCUGGCUCCACAGCUACUCGGGCCAGGCUUUAUGUGGAAACACCGAAAGAGCCUCCGCCUGAGCAAAAACGUCUGCACUUACCUCGGCCUACAAAAAUUAUCGAACCGGAGCCUGCUCCUGGACCAGAAAUUAUAUAUUUGAGGCACGUCGAAAGAGCACGACCGUACGUUCCUCCGGGUGAAGAAGAUCGAGUCUAUCCACCUCCACAGUUCAUUGUGCCACUGAAAAGUGUCACUCAAAUGGAAGGUGGUAAAAUUCACUUUGAAACGAGAAUCGAACCGGUCGGAGACCCAACGAUGAGGAUCGAAUGGUUAAAAAAUGGCCAAAGUAUCGAAGCAAGUUCAAGAUUUACUUCGAUAUUUCGCUUCGGAUAUAUCUCUUUAGAUAUGCUCAGUCUUAAUAUUCAAGAUAGUGGCGAAUAUACAUGCCGGGCUGUUAGUUCUACUGGCGUAGCAGAAACGAAGGCAAUGCUACAAGUAACUCCUAGAGCAACUAUUGAAAGGACUAGUCAACAUCCAGAAAGUUUGCAAUAUAUUCAGCAGCUAGAAGACUAUUCUAAAUAUCAGCAUCAGGAGUCCAUUGAGGAACAAACUUCCCAAAGACCACAAUUCAUAAGGCCAUUACAAGAUCUUGGGGAACUUCAAGAAGGCAGGAAUGCACAUUUUGAAGCGCAACUGACUCCAGUAAGCGAUCCUACUAUGAGAGUCGAGUGGUACAAGGACGGUAAAUCUAUUACAGCCAGCUCGCGAAUCACAGCAAUCUUCAACUUCGGCUACGUCUCCCUUAACAUCAUGCACCUACGGGCUGAAGAUGCAGGUUCGUAUACUGUGAGGGCUGUUAAUAGAUUAGGCGAAGCUAUCAGUACCGCAUCAAUACGAGUAGCAGCUAGGAGUACAGUUACAGCAGAUCUUGGCAUUCCUGAACAACGUAGAUACAUUGAAAAGACUGAGCAAUUAGAAGCUUAUCAGCAACAGCAACAUCAAAAGUACUACCAGGAAGUACCGGAAAGUAUUCAAAGACCAGAAUUCAAAACACCUAUAAAGGAUCAAAUUAAUAUUAAAGAAGGUGGCUUUGCACAUUUCGAAGCUCGCCUUGAACCAAUCGGUGACUCCACAUUGAGAGUAGAAUGGUUGAAAGAUGGGCGUCCAGUUGAAGCUAGUUCACGAAUAACUACUUUCUUCAAUUUUGGAUAUGUAGCAUUAACAAUUAAAUCUGUGACUAUUCAUGACGCGGGGCAUUAUACAUGCCGGGCGUAUAACGCACUAGGCCAAGCUGCAACCAGUGCCAAUUUAACAAUAAUUACGAAGAAGGAUAUCAUUGCUGAAUCUCAGCAUCCUGGUGGUCUAGAAAAAAUUCAAUACUUAGAAGAUUCCAGUAAAUACUCGAGAAGAAAUGAAGAAGAUGUUAGAGUUACGCAAAAGCCAAGAUUCCUUGGUCCAUUGAAAGGAACAAAUAAAAUUGUAGAAGGACAAAGUGCCCACUUCGAAGCUAGAGUAGAACCUCAAAGCGAUUUAACUAUGACCGUAGAGUGGUAUUUCAACGGCAAGCAAAUUACAUCAGCUAAUCGUAUCCAAACCUACCAUGAUUUUGGCUACGUCGCAUUAGAUAUAACUAAUGUUCGCGCAGAAGACGCUGGCAUGUACACUGUUGUAGCUCGUAACGCUGCCGGUGAAGCACAACUCAGCGCAUCCAUGUUCGUUGAAACCCGAUCUAGUAUUGAUACGUCGAGCAUUCAUCGUGGCUUAUAUGAGAAAACACGACAAAUAGAAGAAUCGAAAUUUGUUGAGCCAAUGUACCACAUAGAAGAAAUCUCAAAAUCUAAACCAGUUUUUGUACAACCCUUGUCGGACCCACAGCCCGUUUCUGAAGGUAAAAAUAUUCAUCUGGAAUGUAGACUAGAGCCAAUGGGUGAUCCUACAAUGAGAGUAGAAUGGUUCCACAACGGAAGAGCCGUAACGGUAGGAUCCCGGUUCAGAACUUACUACGAUUUUGGUUUUGUAGCGCUAGAUAUUAUUCACGCUACAUCAGUUGAUUCAGGUGAAUAUACUGUUAGAGCUGUAAAUCACUUAGGUUCAGCUCAUACGUCAGCGAUGGUGAGAAUUAUUGAAAGAUCGGAUAUUUUGACCGAGACUCAAAAUGAGCAAGCUGUAGAACAAAUUCAAAUGCUAGAAGAUGCAAGUCGUCGUAGUAAACAAGUGCAAGAAGAUAUAACUGUAAUGCAAGCUCCACAAUUUUCAAGAGCUCUGCAUAAUAUUGAAACUGUUGAGGGAACGAACGUGCACCUAGAAUGCCGUUUACAACCUGUUGGUGAUCCUACAAUGAGAGUUGAAUGGUUUUGCAACGGCAGACCUAUAAAAACAGGUCACAGAUUUAGACCGGCCUAUGAAUUUGAUUACGUUGCUUUAGACCUUUUAAGUGUCUACCCAGAAGACUCCGGAGUAUACACAUGUCAAGCGACCAAUCAAUUAGGAGAAGCAGUCACAUCGUGUGCGUUACGUGUAAUGGCAAAGAAAGACCUAAUUUUUGACUCACAGCAUCCUUCUGGUUUAGAAAAAAUUCAAUACCUAGAAGACGCGUCUCGUUAUAAGAAAUCUGAUGUUAUAGAUGAGUCUAUAAAUAUCAAACCACAAUUUAUAACAAAACCGAAGUCUAUCGACAAUGUCAAAGAAGGUAAUCAUGUUCACUUUGAGUGCAAACUUGAACCAGUUACUGAUUCUAAUCUAAAAGUUGAAUGGUUUAAGAAUGGCCAACCGGUGACAAUCGGUCACAGAUUUAGGCCGAUCCAUGACUUUGGUUAUGUAGCUCUUGACAUUAUUGAUCUUAUAGCUGAAGACUCUGGCAUUUAUACAUGCAGAGCCGUUAAUCUCCUCGGUAGUGACGAAGUAAGCUGCAGACUAACUUGUCGAGAAACAGCAGACAUUAUUAGAGCUACUCAAAAUGAAGUAGGCUUAGAACAAAUUCAAGUGUUAGAAGAUAGAUCUAAAUAUCACAGAACUGAUGUUAUUGAUGAGGUUACCACUCAAGCACCAAUAUUUACAACUUCAUUAAAAAAUGUUGAAAUUAAAGAAGGUCAGAGGGCCCACUUUGAAUGUAGGCUAAUUCCAGUUUCUGAUGCGACCAUGAAAGUAGAAUGGUAUCAUAACAAUAAACCACUAAAAAGUGGAUCCAGAUUUACUGAAACAAACAACUUUGGUUUUGUUGCACUCGAUAUUAUGUCUUGCUUGCCAGAAGACUCAGGCACCUAUACAUGUAGAGCAAUCAAUGCUCUCGGCGAAGCCGUAACUUCAGGUACUGCGAUUGUGCACUCAAAGAAAUCUAUUUACUUAGAAUCUCAGCAUGAAAGUGCUUUACCAAGACUGACACAAUUAGAAGACACUUCUAGACAUCAAAGACAAACAGCCCAAGAAGAAUUCAUUACUCAAGCGCCAAUGUUUACAAUGCCAAUGAAAGAUAUUAGAGUGGCAGAAAAUCAAGCAGUACAUUUUGAAGCAAGGCUUAUUCCUGUGGGAGACCCGAAGUUACGAGUUGAGUGGUUGCGAAACGGAGUUCCAAUUGAAGCUUCCAAUCGUAUAACUACCAUGCACGAUUUUGGUUACGUUGCUCUCAAUAUGAAGUACGUUAAUCCCGAAGAUUCAGGAACCUACACAUGUCGUGCUAUUAAUGAGCUUGGGGAAGCCGUAACAUCAUCCACCCUCUUCGUUCAAUCUAAAGCAUCCCUACAACUAGAUACAGUACACGAAACUGCUCUACACAAGAUCCGUCAGCUAGAAGAUAGUUCCCGUUAUCAACGUAGGGAAGAAGUUGACGUGGCUGUUAGCCAAGCUCCUCGUUUCAUAACACAAUUGAAUGGUCCUUCAAAAUUAGUUGAAGGACAGAGCGCACAUUAUGAGUGCAGAAUAGAGCCAUACCCCGACCCAACUAUGCGAGUCGAAUGGUACUUUAAUGGUAAAGCCCUUCAAAGUGGUCAUCGCUAUCGAACGGCAUACGACUUUGGCUUCGCAGCUCUCGAUAUUUUAACAGUCUAUGGAGAAGACUCGGGCGAAUACACAUGCAAAGUUAUAAAUAACUUGGGACAGGCGGUUUCGUCUAUCAACUUAAGUGUACAGUCAAAAGAAUCGAUUAUUAGGGACACACAGCAUGAAAGUGCUUUGGAAAAAAUUCAGUACCUUGAAGAUGAUAGUAGGUACAAGCGAGUUGUCAGAGAUGAAGCAUUUAUUGCUGAGAAACCUCAGUUCGGAAAACCUCUCAAGAAUGCGCAUGUAGCGGAAGGUCAACCAAUACAUCUAGAAGCUACCUUAACUCCUGUCAAUGAUCCUACGAUGCGUGUUGAAUGGUAUUGCAAUGGAAGACCUAUUCAACAAGGACAUAGAUUUAAGACUACAUAUGACUUCGGAUAUGUGGCAUUGGAUGUCCUGUAUGCUUAUGGAGAAGAUUCUGGUACUUACAUGUGUAAAGCGACAAAUGCGGUCGGGGAAGCGGUAACAACAAGUUCAAUCAACGUAGACGCCACGGGUUCUUUGUACUUGGACACUUUAGAUGAACAACGUUUGAAAAAGAUUAAAGAACUUGAACAAUAUGAAAGGCCGAAAGCUAUUGAAGAAGAAAGACCAGGUCAGCGGCCAGUAUUUUUAACUGCGUUGACUAGUUUAGAGAACCUUAAAGAAGGUGACCGAGCUCACUUCGAAUGUAGAGUAGAGCCUAUAAAUGACCCUGAUCUCAAAAUCGAAUGGUUCCUUAAUGGUCAAAAGAUUAAGACAGGACAUAGAUUUAGAACAACACACGACUUUGGUUAUGUUGCAUUGGACAUUUUAUAUUCCUAUGCAGAAGACUCUGGGACUUAUAUGUGUAAGGCCACUAACAAACUUGGAGAAGCGGUUAAUACGUGCACGUUGAAGGUUGCAAGUCACCGAAAUAUAAUCUUGGAUACACAACAUCCUAAUGGACUAGAAAAAAUUAGACAACUUGAGGCACAAGGUCAUCAAGCCCGAAUUGAAGUUGAAGAGCCAAAGAUUUCACCUCCAAGAUUUGUAACAGAACUCAGAGGAACAACACACGUAUUUGAAGGUCAAACGGCUCAUUUUGAAUGUCAAGUUGAGCCAGUACAUGAUCCGAACUUGCGUAUUGAGUUCUACCACAACGGAAAAGCAUUGCAAUCUGCGUCACGGUUCCAUAUCACUUUUGAUUUUGGUUACGUGUCAUUAGAUAUACAGCACUGCGUCCCAGAAGACGCAGGAGAAUAUUCUGUGAAAGCAAUUAAUGCUCUUGGUCAAUGCACCUCCUCAAUAUCGAUGACAGUAACCGCAAAAGGUAGUAUUAUAUCGGAAUCUCAACGUCCAGAAGGUCUCGAGAAAAUCCGAGAGCUGGAAUCAGCAGAACCGUUUAAGAGACCAGAAAUACCAGAGCCGGUCACUAGGCAAAGACCUGUUUUUACACAACCGCUUCAAAAUAUCGAUAACAUUCAGGAAGGGCAGACAGCUCACUUUGAUUGUAGACUUAUUCCUGUCGGAGACCCGACCCUUAAAGUAGAAUGGUUUAGAAACGAAAAACUUAUUGAAGAUAGUUCGAGAAUCACAAAAACACAUGAUUUUGGAUAUGUAUCCAUGAGUAUUUCACACGUUCGUGAUGAAGAUGAAGGAGUUUACAUGUGUAGAGCAUCGAAUCUACUUGGUGAAGCAGUUACAACCGCUGCAAUGAGAAUUAAAACCAAAGCAUCGAUUCAAAUUGACACACAACACCCAGAAGGAAUGAGAAAAAUACAGCAAUUGGAACAACCCCAGCCCAGAAAACCUGAUGAACCAGAGAAAGAAUUUGAGAAACCAAUCUUUACUCAAGUUUUAACAGGACCAUCUGAACUUUGGGAAGGUCAACAUGCUCAUUACGAAGCUCGUGUGGUUCCGGUCGGUGAUCCUAGCCUGAGAUUCGAAUGGUACAUAAAUGGUGUUGAACUGAAAAUGGGUUCACGAUUCCGCACGACGCAUGAUUUUGGCUUCGUUACUCUGGAUAUCAAUUCAGUAGUAGCACAAGAUGAAGGCAUAUACAUGUGCAAAGCUAUUAAUAGGGCAGGCAGCACUGUGUCUUCCACCUCUCUGAAAGUAAAGACAAAGUCUACUAUUGUUGAUGAAGCUAUGAGACCAGAAUCAUGGCAGCAAAUUCAAGCAAAGGAAGCAGCAAUGAACAAAGUGCCAGAAAUGUUCAUAGAUACUGGUGUCCAACAAGCUCCGAUAUUUACUACACAUCUUAAGAGCUAUGACAAGCUUGUCGAAGGUCAACACGUUUACCUAGAAGCACAAGUUGAGCCACGCACAGAUCCUAAUCUAAGAAUUGAAUGGUUUAAGAACGGAGUUUCUUUGACUACUGGAUCCAGAUUGAAAAGUACUUUUGAUUUCGGUUUAGUUACACUCUCCAUUAACUCUCUGAGAUUCGAUGAUUCGGGUAUUUAUACCUGUAAAGCAACAAAUUUAAUGGGCGAAGCGGUUUCUACAGCCUCAAUAAAAAUAGAAGAUCGCCACUGGCUGCUAGGUGAAUCACUACACCCCGAAUCUUUAGACCGUAUCGGAGCACUAGAACAACCUAAACCAGGUAAACCUGAAUCUCCAGAACCAGUUUAUGAGACACCUGUAUUCAUCUCACACUUGAACAAUAUUAUAUGUAAAGAAGGUGAUAAUAUUCACUUUGAAUGCAAUGUUGAACCAUCAAGAGAUCCAACCCUUAAGAUUGAAUGGUUCUUUAACAAUAAACCUUUGCCGUCCGGAACAAGGUAUAAGAGCACACACGACUUCAGCUAUGUAUCAUUAGACAUUACUCACACUUAUGAAGAAGAUUCAGGUAUUUAUACAUGCAAAGCUACUAAUAGCAAAGGAUCUGCAACAACAUCUGGAUCAUUGAGAUGUACUGGAGAUAAACAUAUUUAUCUAGAUACACAACAUCCUCAGGGCAAGGCUGGAUUAGAGGCUGUUGAACAAGCCGAAGAAGCUAGACUGUCUAAAACAAGAAGGACAUCUAUUCCAGAUGCAGAAUAUCCUAAACCUGAAUGGGUUGUACCAGUAGCAGCUGAACAACAGCUAAUUGAAGGACAACCGCUACAUUUGGAGGGACAAGUAGAACCUAAGAAUGAUCCUGAUUUGAAGAUUGAAUGGUACUUCAAUGGAAAAGUUUUAGAACAAGGCUCCCGCUUUAAGCUUACAAGUGACUUUGGUUUUGUCACAUUAGAUGUGACCGACGUAUAUGAAAGAGAUAGUGGAAUUUAUACUUGCAAAGCUUAUAACAAGAAAGGUGAAGCUUUUACUUCUUCGACUAUUUACUGCAGUAGCAAAGAAAAUCUUAUUGAGAGAACUCAACAUCCAAAAGGUAAAGAGGGAUUGGAAAAGAUACAAAAUCUCGAAGAAUCCCUUCGUAGAGAACCUGGUCAGAAGCCUGAAGAUGAUACAGGAAGGCCGCCUGAGUUUGUUACUGUUUUCCAAGACAUAACUGACAUUAGUGAAGGUCAAAUCGCUCACUAUGAAGCAUCUUUGAUACCCACUGGUGACCAAAGUAUGGUAAUUGAAUGGUUCUAUAAUGGUAAAUCUAUCGAGGCAAGCCACAGAAUCCGUACAGUAUAUGCUUUUGGAAUGGUGGUUCUUGAAAUUUUGGGAACAAAGACUUCUGACUCUGGAGUAUACUCGUGCCGAGCAACAAAUAAAUGGGGCCAAGCUGAAAUAAGUGUUAGGCUUGAGUGUGUAGACAAAAGCAAAGGACAAAAGCCUAAGUUCACUACACACAUACAGAGCAUUGAAGGUCUUAAAGAUGGACAAUCAGCGCAUUUUGAGUGCACAGUUAUUCCAGUGGACGAUCCAGACAUGAAGAUUGAAUGGUAUCAUAACGGCCGACCAUUACGUCAUUCUACAAGAAUAAAGACUAUUUCUGACUUUGGAUUUGUAGUUCUUGAUAUUGCGUAUACCCAGAAUCACGAUACUGGUGAAUAUAUCUGCCGUGCUUACAAUAAAUAUGGUGAAGAUUUCACCAAGGCAACUAUAUCUUGCUACGGAAGGAGUGGAGUUUACUCAGACAGUUUGCAACCUGAAUCCUUGGCUAAGAUAAGGGAGUUAGAGAGCUUACAAGGAGUCCAACAGCAGGCACCAGCACCAGCUUCGGCUGAGCCACCUAAAUUUAUUACACAGAUACAAGAUGUUACGAAAUUAGUUGAAGGACAAAGCGCCCACUUUGAAGCAAGAUUAGUUCCAGUAGACGAUCCUGACUUGAAGGUUGAAUGGUUCUACAAUGGCAAAAAAUUGCCUCACGGUCAUAGGUACAGAACUUUCCACGAUUUUGGAAUUGUAAUAUUAGACAUUCUGUAUUGUUAUGAAGAAAAUUCUGGAGAAUAUGAAUGCAUUGCGACUAAUAAGCUGGGUCGUGAUUCAACAAAAGCUACACUCAAAUGCACCUCGAAAGAAAAUUUAAUUUUGGACUCGCAACUCCCGCGGGGCAUGGAAGGUGGGUUAGAAAAGUUGCAGACUCUAGAAGACUCUAUGAUACGUACAAAGGAUACUGAAGUGGAAGAGAAACGUGGAAAAGCGCCAGUUUUUACUGUUCCACUAUCGAACAUUGAAAACCUAAGAGAGGGCGAGAACGCUCAUUUCGAAGCACGUUUAACUCCAACAGAUGAUCCUAAUCUUAAAGUUGAAUGGUACUGGAAUGGAAAAUCCUUGAAGGCUGGGUCAAGAUUCAGAACUUUCUGCGAUUUUGGCUUUGUUAUCCUUGAAAUUUCACCAACCUACCCAGAAGACUCUGGUGAAUAUCUAUGUAGAGCAUAUAACAAUUACGGCGAAGCAGUUACCACAGCUACUAUGAAGGUACAAGGAAAGAGAAACAUUAUUUUAGAGUCACAACUACCAAAGGGUAUGGAAGGCACAAUCGACAAAAUAGCCGCGCUGGAGGGUUACACUGGUACUGUUGACUCAUUAACACCUGAAGCAGAAAGUGGAAAUCCACCUGAGUUUAUAACAACACCAACUGAUCUUAUUUUAACGGAAAAUUCUUCUGCUCAUUUCGAAUGUCGUUUGGUUCCUGUCAAUGAUAGUAGCAUGAGAGUUGAAUGGUUCCAUAAUGGAAAACCACUUUUAACUGGAUCUAGAGUAAAGACCAUUAAUGACUUUGGUUUUGUAAUAUUAGAGAUUGGUGGCGUUUAUCAACGCGACGCUGGUCUCUAUACCUGCAAAGCAACCAACCGCCAUGGUGAAGCAACAGUGUCUUGUAAACUUCAGGUUAAAGGAAGACAAGGAAUAAUCCUUGAACCUCAAUUACCUUCUCAAUUUAAAUCUGGAACUGAGAGUAUACAAAAACUGGAAGAAACUCUUCAUAAACGAGAAGAAAUUACAAUUGAGGACGAGAAACCAAACCCACCUAGGUUUACAGUAGAAAUAAAGGACAAUCUUGAUGUAAAUGAAGGAGGACCAAUACACUUUGACUGUCGUGUUGAGCCUGUUGGCGACCCAACUAUGAGGAUUGACUGGUUCUAUAAUGGUAGACCUUUUGCUACCGGAUCUCGUGUGCACAUGCUCAACGAUUUCGGUUUCAUUGCUUUGGAUAUUGAUUAUAUAUACACCCGAGAUGCUGGAGAGUACACUUGUCGCGCGACCAACAAGUGGGGCUCAGCGACCACUACCGCUAAAGUCACCUGCAGCACUAAACGUGACAUUAUUUUCGAAUCUCAGCUACCGCAGGGUAUGAGUGGCGAGAAAAUUAAGGAACUCGAAAAAGGACGCGUCAGUGAUGCUCCAAAAGAAGAACCUGUAAUCAAUUCACCGCCUAAAUUCAUUACUCAAAUACAAUCGCACACCAUCGAAGAAUCCGAAUCGGUGCGCUUUGAAUGUCGCGUUGAACCGAAACAAGAUCCGAAGUUACGAAUUGAGUGGUACAGAAACGGUAAACUUUUACCUACGGGUCAUAGAUUCCGAACAGUUUAUGAUAUGGGCUUUGUAUCCCUUGACAUUUUGUACGUUUAUGCGGAAGAUUCCGGCGAAUACGUGUGUCGCGCUGUAAAUGACUUUGGAGAAGACUUUACGAAAGCGACCGUAUCUUGCAAGAAAAUUCCUGACAUUAUUUUACAAAAUCAAGUACCGAAGGGCAUGAAAAAAUCGGAAGCACUAACUCAAAUGGAGGCAACUAUUAAAAAAUAUACUUCUGAAGUAUUUUUAACCGAAGACGAUCUUUACGAUGCCGAUAAGAAACAGCCACCGCGGUUUGUCACACAAAUCCAAAGUCAAACUACAUUAGUUGAAAUGGAAACGACUAAAUUUGAAUGUCAGUUAGCUCCCGUCGGAGACCCUAAUAUGAAAGUAGAAUGGUUCUUCAAUGGCAAGCCUUUGUUACAUAAAAAUCGUUUUACACCUAUUUAUGACUUCGGUUACGUUGCAAUGAACUUCGGAUGGGUGUAUCCGGAAGACAGCGGUGAAUAUCUUUGUCGUGCUACUAAUUUGUAUGGAAUGGAUGAAACUAGAGCUGUUAUUAAAACCGCCGGUAAACCAGGCAUUGUAUACGAUUCUCAAUUACCUAAACAUAUGAAGAGUAUAGAAAAAAUACGUGAAAUGGAAGCUUCUUGGCAAGUAGGACAUGAACAAGCGGUUGAAGAAACUAAGCCACGGUCGGCUCCAGUGUUCGUUAGUCGUCCAGAAGCAGUGACCGUGGAAGAAGGAGAAUGGGCACGUUUCUGUUGCCGUGUGACAGGACAUCCGAAACCACGUGUGAUGUGGCUUAUUAAUGGAAACACGAUUGUUAAUGGCUCUAGAUACAAGUUAACUUACGAUGGAAUGUAUCAUUUUGACAUACCAAAAACCAGACAGUACGAUACUGGAAAAAUUGAAGUCAUUGCAAGAAGUUCAGUUGGCGAGGCUCUGGCUACGACCGAAUUAAAAGUUAUUCCGAGACACGAUGAUUAUAGAAGUGUUCUCAAAAACGCGCCAAGACCUUGGUAUGAUGAAACAACACAAUAUCAACGCACUGAAACUGAGUUAGAAAAAACAUUCGAAGAAAGGCAAACUAUGCAACGCCAAGGUGUUAUCGACCAUAGGCCCGAAUUAAAACCUAAGGUUAUUAAGGAUGCUGAAACAGAAUGGCAACAGACAGUGAAGAAGAAGAAGAGUGAGGAAUACUACAACAAGUUACAGGAGCUUGAAAAUGAGCAAAUCAUUAAAGAGAGUAGAUUGAGAGAAUCUUCCCGCCAGUAUGCUAUCCCUGGGGAAAAAGUUACUAGUUCCUCAGUUGCUAAGAGUAUGGCACAGAAAUAUGAAGAUAAUUUAGAUCAAACGGAAGAAAUCGUCGAAAAAGUAGCUCAGAAGAAAGUCCAAAAGCCAAGAAUACCCGGUCCAUCUGAGUCUACUGUUCACGGCAAGGAAGUGCAUGUUGCCAAACAAAGACAAAUACAAAAGGAAGUUGUUGGUGAUACAGAAAUUACUCGCAAAAUAACAUCAACAGAAACAACUGAAGUAGAACAUAAAGCUCAAACACAGGAAAGGGUGGUUGAGGGGCCAGUGAAACCCUGCACACCACCAGUAUUCACGAAGAAAAUGCAACCUUGCCGUGUAUUCGAGCACGAACAAGCAAGAUUCGAAGUUGAAUUUGACGGCGAUCCCUUACCACAGAUAAAAUGGUAUCGUGAGAACUUCCCCAUAAAGAAUUCACCAGACUUCCAAAUCCACACUUUCAGCACAAAGUCUAUUCUUAUAAUCAGACAAGUUUUCAUUGAAGAUUCCGCUGUUUUCGCAGCCGUAGCUGAAAACAGAGGUGGCACUGCCAAAUGUAGUGCUAACUUAGUUGUGGAGGAACGUAAACGUCAAGGCAGAGGUGGAGUUAUUCCUCCCAGUUUUACUUCAACUGCACAAAAUGUUAACGUAACAGCUGGACAAUUGGUGAGAUUUGAUACCAAAGUUACUGGAACGAAACCUAUUGAUGUAUACUGGUUGAAAAAUGGUAAGAAGGUUCAACCAGAUAUAAGAAACAAAAUCUUAGAAGAAGAUGGCACCUACACUCUGCUUAUUUUGGAAGCCUUCACACAAGAUUCUGGCAAAUAUGAAUGUGUCGCAAUUAAUAGCGCUGGUGAAGCAAGAUGCGAUGCAGAAUGUGUUGUAAAUGCCCCGGUUACUAAGGAUAAACCAAAGCCCCAAACAAAGGCAGCAAAUUCUCCGCCCGAAAUAAUAGAACCGCUAAAGGAUAAGGUCGUUACCGAAGGGCAGGCUAUUGAGUUCGGUUGUAAGAUCGUCGGUAAACCUGUUCCAACUGUACAGUGGUACAAAGGAGACAAGUUGAUUAAGCCAUCAAAGUACUUCCAAAUGUCUAGAACUGCAGACGAUUACACUCUACGCAUUUCUGAGGCUUUCCCUGAAGAUGAGGGUGAUUACAAAUGCGUCGCUUACAACUCAGCUGGCCGCGUGACUGUUGCUGCUAAACUCAAAGUUCUGCAACCAGAUCAAGCUGAAAAUUUACCAACUCUUACUCCACUUCGUGAUAUCGUCGUCUAUGAGGGUCAGCCUGCGCAGUUCAAGACUCAUAUCACCAGUAAAGCCAAGCCGACCAUUCAAUGGCUACGAGAAGGCGCUCUUAUACCGGAAACUCCAGAUUUCCAAAUGAUACACGAAGGCAACAACGCCGUGCUGUUGAUCGGCAACACCUACGAAGAGGACACCGGCACGUUCACCUGCCGCGCCACCACCGCCGCGGGCCAGGUCGAGACUUCGGCUAAGCUAGUCGUCAAAAAGUCAAGAAAAGAAAUUUAUCGAAAACUUUCGGGUAAAAAGACAGAUGCUUCGGUUGAAGAAACACAAGAAGACGAUGUUUUAAUAAGCAAGGUUUUACACCAAACUACAGAAGAAAGUAAUAUUUUAAAAAUAGACGAAAUACAGAAUGUACAAACACGCCAGGUUCCAUGGAGGAAAAAACCUCAAGACCAAAUGACAGGGAUAAAAAAAGAAGAUGAUUUACAAACUAAACAUUGGCGCAGAUCGCGUAAGGGAAGUUCGACCCGAAUCGAACACGUUACAACUGAAGAAAGCAGUUUACUUGAGGUUGAUACCAAUGAAGAGACUGAAUCAAAAGACAGGAAAAAACCAAAGGUUGAGAAUUUUAUAGAAAAUACUGUCAAAACAGAAAUAAAAGAAUCUAGUGAAGAAACUACUGUCGAUCAUAGUGGUGCAAAAAUAAUAAAACAGAAGAAAGAUAUAAAAGUUGUCGAAAAAUCUACCAAAGAACAAGUGCCAUGGACUCAAGAGGCAAUUAAGCUACGACCCACGAAAAUUGAAAAAACAGCUCUUCAAAAAGACAAAUUAGAAGAUGUUAGUUUAAAACAAGUAAGGAAAAGCUCUGUCCAAAAACCUGAAACACUAGUAAUAGAAGAAUCACUCACGGCUGUUGAAGACACCGUAAUAUUAAGAAUAGCCGAUACUGACAUAUUACAAGCCGAAAGUGAUAUUCCGUCAUGGCGUCGUAAAUCAGUACAGUUGUCGAAAAAGUCAAAAGAAGAAGACAAAACGGAAGAAGCCCAAUUAAAAACUGUGCAAAAGACAGAAUCGGAACACAGGAAACAGAAGCCGCAAGAUGUUAAGUGGCCUACUGGAAAACAACGUCCUAAAGAAGAAGAACCAGUAGAAGAAGUGGUCCUCAAACCUGUUCCGAAGCAAAAGGCACCUGAAGAACAAAAACCUGAAGAGGUGCAACUUAAGCCAGUAGUAAAGGAGAAACCACAAGAAGAAGAACAACCUAAAGAGGUGUCUUGGCGCACUGGCAAAAGGAAACCUAAAGAAGAACAACCUACUGAAGAGGUUGUAUUAAAGCCGAUUCCGAAACGCGAGGCUCCCGAGGAAGAGAAACCCGAGGAAGUACAAUUGAAGCCAGUUAAAAAAGUGAAGCCUAAAGAAGAGCAGGAGCCCGAGGAAGUUAAAUGGCCUACUGGUAAACGACGACCGAAAGAAGAACAACCAGUAGAAGAAGUUGUCCUCAAACCUGUUCCGAAGCAAAAGGCACCUGAAGAAGAAAAACCUGAAGAGGUGCAACUUAAGCCAGUAGUCAAGGAGAAACCACAAGAAGAAGAACAACCCAAAGAUCUGUCUUGGCGCACUGGUAAAAGAAAACCUAAAGAAGAACAACCCACUGAAGAGGUUGUGUUAAAGCCGAUUCCGAAACGCGAGGCUCCCGAGGAAGAGAAACCCGAGGAAGUACAAUUGAAGCCAGUUAAAAAAGUGAAGCCUAAAGAAGAGCAGGAGCCAGAGGAAGAUAAGUGGCCUACUGGUAAACGACGCCCGAAAGAGGAACAACCAGUAGAAGAAGUUGUCCUCAAACCUAUUCCGAAGCAAAAGGCACCUGAAAAAGAAAAACCUGAGGAGGUGCAACUUAAGCCAGUAGUCAAGGAGAAACCACAAGAAGAAGAACAACCCAAAGAUGUGUCUUGGCGCACUGGCAAAAGAAAACCUAAAGAAGAACAACCCACUGAAGAGGUUGUGUUAAAGCCGAUUCCGAAACGCGAGGCUCCCGAGGAAGAGAAACCCGAGGAAGUACAACUGAAGCCAGUUAAAAAAGUGAAGCCUAAAGAAGAGCAGGAGCCAGAGGACGUUAAGUGGCCUACUGGUAAACGACGCCCGAAAGAGGAACAACCAGUAGAAGAAGUUGUCCUCAAACCUAUUCCGAAGCAAAAGGCACCCGAAGAACAAAAACCUGAAGAGGUGCAACUUAAGCCAGUAGUCAAGGAGAAACCACAAGAAGAAGAACAACCUAAAGAGGUGUCUUGGCGCACUGGCAAAAGAAAACCUAAAGAAGAACAACCCACUGAAGAGGUUGUGUUAAAGCCGAUUCCGAAACGCGAGGCUCCCGAGGAAGAGAAACCCGAGGAAGUACAAUUGAAGCCAGUUAAAAAAGUGAAGCCUAAAGAAGAGCAGGAGCCAGAGGAAGCUAAGUGGCCUACUGGUAAACGACGCCCGAAAGAGGAACAACCAGUAGAAGAAGUUGUCCUCAAACCUAUUCCGAAGCAAAAGGCACCUGAAGAAGAAAAACCUGAGGAGGUGCAACUUAAGCCAGUAGUCAAGGAGAAACCACAAGAAGAAGAACAACCUAAAGAGGUGUCUUGGCGCACUGGCAAAAGAAAACCUAAAGAAGAACAACCCACUGAAGAGGUUGUGUUAAAGCCGAUUCCGAAACGCGAGGCUCCCGAGGAAGAGAAACCCGAGGAAGUACAAUUGAAGCCAGUUAAAAAAGUGAAGCCUAAAGAAGAGCAGGAGCCAGAGGAAGCUAAGUGGCCUACUGGUAAACGACGCCCGAAAGAGGAACAACCAGUAGAAGAAGUUGUCCUCAAACCUAUUCCGAAGCAAAAGGCACCUGAAGAAGAAAAACCUGAGGAGGUGCAACUUAAGCCAGUAGUCAAGGAGAAACCACAAGAAGAAGAACAACCCAAAGAUGUGUCUUGGCGCACUGGCAAAAGAAAAACUAAAGAAGAACAACCCACUGAAGAGGUUGUGUUAAAGCCGAUUCCGAAACGCGAGGCUCCCGAGGAAGAGAAACCCGAGGAAGUACAACUGAAGCCAGUUAAAAAAGUGAAGCCUAAAGAAGAGCAGGAGCCAGAGGAAGUUAAGUGGCCUACUGGUAAACGACGCCCGAAAGAGGAACAACCAGUAGAAGAAGUUGUCCUCAAACCUAUUCCGAAGCAAAAGGCACCUGAAGAAGAAAAACCUGAGGAGGUGCAACUUAAGCCAGUAGUCAAGGAGAAACCACAAGAAGAACAACCCAAAGAUGUGUCUUGGCGCACUGGCAAAAGAAAACCUAAAGAAGAACAACCCACUGAAGAGGUUGUGUUAAAGCCGAUUCCGAAACGCGAGGCUCCCGAAGAAGAGAAACCCGAGGAAGUACAAUUGAAGCCAGUUAAAAAAGUGAAGCCUAAAGAAGAGCAGGAGCCAGAGGAAGUUAAAUGGCCUACUGGUAAACGACGCCCGAAAGAGGAACAACCAGUAGAAGAAGUUGUCCUCAAACCUAUUCCGAAGCAAAAGGCACCUGAAGAAGAAAGACCUGAGGAGGUGCAACUUAAGCCAGUAGUCAAAGAGAAACCACAAGAAGAAGAACAACCUAAAGAGGUAUCUUGGCGCACUGGCAAAAGGAAACCUAAAGAAGAACAACCUACUGAAGAGGUUGUAUUAAAGCCGAUUCCGAAACGCGAGGCUCCCGAGGAAGAGAAACCCGAGGAAGUACAAUUGAAGCCAGUCAAAAAAGUGAAGCCUAAAGAAGAACAGGAGCCAGAGGAAGUUAAAUGGCCUACUGGUAAAAGACGUCCGAAAGAAGAACAACCAGUAGAAGAAGUUGUCCUUAAACCUGUUCCGAAGCAAAAGGCACCUGAAAAAGAAAAACCUGAGGAGGUGCAACUUAAGCCAGUAGUCAAAGAGAAACCACAAGAAGAAGAACAACCUAAAGAUGUGUCUUGGCGCACUGGCAAAAGGAAACCUAAAGAAGAACAACCCACUGAAGAGGUUGUAUUAAAGCCGGUUCCGAAACGCGAGGCUCCCGAGGAAGAGAAAUCCAAGGAAGUACAAUUGAAGCCAGUCAAAAAAGUGAAGCCUAAAGAAGAACAGGAGCCAGAGGAAGUUAAAUGGCCUACUGGUAAACGACGACCGAAAGAAGAACAACCAGUAGAAGAAGUUGUCCUUAAACCUGUUCCGAAGCAAAAGGCACCUGAAGAAGAAAAACCUGAGGAGGUGCAACUUAAGCCAAUAGUCAAGGAGAAACCACAAGAAGAAGAACAACCCAAAGAUGUGUCUUGGCGCACUGGCAAAAGGAAACCUAAAGAAGAACAACCUACUGAAGAGGUUGUAUUAAAGCCGAUUCCGAAACGCGAGGCUCCCGAGGAAGAGAAACCCGAGGAAGUACAAUUGAAGCCAGUCAAAAAAGUGAAGCCUAAAGAAGAACAGGAGCCAGAGGAAGUUAAAUGGCCUUCUGGUAAAAGACGUCCGAAAGAAGAACAACCAGUAGAAGAAGUUGUCCUUAAACCUGUUCCGAAGCAAAAGGCACCUGAAGAAGAAAAACCUGAGGAGGUGCAACUUAAGCCAGUAGUCAAGGAGAAACCACAAGAAGAAGAACAACCUAAAGAUGUGUCUUGGCGUACUGGCAAAAGGAAACCUAAAGAAGAACAACCUACUGAAGAGGUCGUAUUAAAGCCGGUUCCGAAACGCGAGGCUCCCGAGGAAGAGAAACCCGAGGAAGUAAAAUUGAAGCCAGUCAAAAAAGUGAAGCCUAAAGAAGAACAGGAGCCAGAGGAAGUUAAAUGGCCUACUGGUAAAAGACGUCCGAACGAAGAACAACCAAUAGAAGAAGUUGUCCUCAAACCUGUUCCGAAGCAAAAGGCACCUGAAGAAGAAAAACCGGAGGAGGUGAAACUUAAGCCUGUGCUCAAAGAGAAAGUGCAAGAAAAGCUAACAGUUGAACAAGAAGUAUUACUAACGACUGUGAAAGAAGGAAAAAUAAAAGAUGAAGAAGAAACAGUUGUUGAAGAACAAUUCCAAGAAGAGUCUAUUAGUAUGUCAAAGAAAACAACAAAACAAAAGAAACAGUUGAAGAAGAAAUUAUCUCUAGAUGAAGUCAAAGAAGUUGGACCUAUAAUUAUUGAACCCAUCAAAGCCAUGACUGUAAAUGAAAAUGAUGAUUUUACGCUUGAAGUUACAUUUGAACCAGAAGAAAUAGAAAAGGUCACUUGGUUCUGUAAUAAUCAACUCCUUGAACAAAACGACAGUUGCCAUAUAUCUGUAAAAAAUGGAAAAUCUAUUUUAAGAAUUGCGAAUGCAGAUAAAAAGAAAAUAGGAAAAUAUGAAGUAGUAUUAGAAAAUAAUAACAUUGUCUGCAAAUCAGCCAGUACUGUUAAAUUAGUCAAAGUAACAGACGAGGAAAUUAUUCAGCCUCCGUUGUUUAUUAAACCUUUGCGACCGAAAUAUGUCGACAUAGGCGAUAUUGUCUUAUUAGAAACUGCAGUGCAAUCGAAUCCAUGUGCAUCGUUUCAGUGGUUUAUUGGUAAUAAGGAUGUCGUUAGUUACACAAAGGAAAAUAAAAUUCGCAAUAUUUACAUUACAAACAAAAAUAACAUUUCAUGCUUAUGUAUUGAAAACAUGACACGGGAACUGUUUGGAAUAAUAACGUGUAGAGCUGAAAAUUUUGGGGGUUCCGUUUCUUGCUCCGCUUCUCUUUUAAUGAGUGACCAUGUUAAACCGUCACUAGGCAAGUCACCAGAAUUUGUUGUGCCUUUAGUAUCUACCACGGUAAUGGAUGGAGAUCAGAUUAUGUUAAAAUGCACAGUUUUGGGAGAACCCUGGCCUAAAAUUAAUUGGUAUCACAAUGAUAAAAUUAUCGAGUGGGCUAGAGAUGUAACUUUCGGACGGCAAGAAUCGGGAUUGUGUGAAUUAUUUAUAAAAGAAGCCUUUCCAGAAAUGUCGGGCAAAUACAGUUGCGUAGCCAUAAACGAAUUUGGGUCUAGCAGCUGCGAAUGUUUUGUAACGGUGGAAGCAUACGAGUACGUACCAAGUGUUUCAGAGGAAGAUGUUUUAAGUGACGAAAAAACAAGUGAUAUCGAAGAAUUCGCUCCACAAAUUGUUAAGGCGCUGCCAACGGUAGUUUCAACUGUAGAAGGAGAAUUGACUAGAUUGGAAGCAAAAGCUAUAGGUAUACCAAAACCUGAAAUAAGAUGGUUAAAACAGGGGGUUGAAAUACACCAAUCUCAGGAAUAUCAAAUCGAAGAAUUAGAAGACGGCACAUCUAUAUUGAUAAUACCUGAAGUAUACCAGGACGAUACGGGUGAAAUAACAUUCGAAGCAUACAACCCGCUAGGAGUCACAUCUACGAUUGCAGCUUUGUCUGUUGAGAGUGUCAUCGGGACGAAAGAGUACAGAAAACCGGAAUGGGUUACGCAUAUGGAAGAAUUGCAAACCGCUCUAAAAGCUAGUAAAUCAGUUCCUACCUUCGUCCAACACAUUUUGGCGGAACGAGUUCGCGAAGAGGAGACGGUAACUUUUGAAGCGAUUUAUAAAGGAAACCCAACUCCAGAAAUCGUUUGGUAUAAAGAUGACAGUGUUAUAGAUACAGAUGAUAAUUUCUUAAUAGAAAAUGAAAAUAAUCGAACGACUUGUAAGAUAAGAAAAGCAACAAAACGUUUAGAAGGGACUUAUAAAUGCAAAGCUGUCAGUGAUAUCGGUAUGGCUGUUACUAAAGCUACACUGCAAGUGUAUGAAGCUGAUGAGAAAUUCGAAAAAAUUCCGACUAAGAGAACGAAAACUUUAAAAACAGAAACAUCUAAAACCGAGGCGGCCAAGCAGGUUAUUGAUACGACUUUGUCUUCUGUGACGGAAACUGAAGUUCAAAAAAUCGAUACCGUGCAACCUCUUAAACCAAAACAAACAGUUGAGGAUACGGCUACAAUGAAACUUACUGAAGCCGAUUAUGUCGAAACCACAGACAUUGCUACUCUUAAGAAGGUCGUAGAGGACAAAAAAGUGGAAGAACAAGUAACUGAAAGAUUAGAGACAGUGAUUACGCCGCACGAAUAUUUGAUCUCUUCGCAGCAACAAAAAGACGAAACCGUACAAAUCUUAGAUGAAACAUAUGAAACUCAAAAAGGAGUAAUAACAACAGUCGAAGAAGAUGCACGUAUGUUAGCAGAAGUCAACGAGUUACUCGAAGUGAUAAAUGCCAAAGAAUUUGGUCCAGGCGAGUCGCCUUUAAGGGAAUUGGCUAAAAUCGGCUAUAUGCUGCGAAGGGGUGUUACUACGGAGCAAAUCGAAAGCUUAUACGACGCUGAGUACUUCCCUGCUCUCAGAGUUCCCCAGUCGCAAUCGGCUUUAGUAAACUUAGUAGAGCGGCAAGGUCACGGGGCACUCAUCACUGAAGUGCUCACAGAGGAAACUGCGCAGAGUGAAGAUGCUAUCGCUGCCAAAGUCGGUUUCCGCGCCUUUAUGAAGAUGGUUGAACUUAAACACACCGCUGUUGAAGAAGUCAUUGCUCACUUUUACCCUGAAGAUUUUAAACCGAGAUCGUGGGAACGAAGGGAGGCUCAAGAGGUAAUCGUGCGUUCGUCGACAGAAGAGGUCGCCAAAACAUCGUCUAUAAAAGUCAUGAAAGAUACAUCCGGUAUUUCUGAAGAAAGCGUUCAAGAAAAUGUCAGAGCCAAACGCAAAACAUACAAAAAACAAAGAACACAUUCGGAAGAAAAAGUUGAAGAUGAAGAAGUUACAACACAAUCAGUGAAAAAAUUGUAUCCGAAGCAAACUGUAGAAUAUUUGGAUGUAGACGAAACACAAAGUUUAGAAGAUGAAAAUUUUCCGUUUUCUUCUGCAAUUUUGACAGAUAUUUCUGAUAACAAGAUAGAGGUUGUACCAUCCAGUGAAGUUACACAUAUAAUUACCGACCAACAAAAACGGAACAUAGUGGCGAAUGUCAGAUUUGAUACAAGCUAUCCACUCGUAAGUGAUGUUCAAAAUGCACAUGAUAAAGAGGAACCAUUAGAUAUAACACCCAAGAGUAUUACGAAAAAUAUUGAAGAAACAUUUAGUGAACUAGAACCGUUACAGGUAACUCAAGUAGAUGUUGUUAGUUCUGUUGAUGAGUAUCGAGUCAAUAAUGUGAAGACAGAUAAUAAAGCACAUACUGCUGUUAUACCUGCUGAAACAAUAGUUACUGCUGAAACUCACAUUAAUAUCUCAGUUGGUGAAAUCGACAAAGAUGAAAAACCGAAAGAAAAUGCAAGGUCAACCCUAAUUCUACAAGACGCACUAAACGUUUCUCAAGAUGUUAGUUCAGUAAAGGAAGCUCCAUUAAAAGAUUUACCAAUAAGUAAAUCUUUUGCCACAAUGACAAUUUCACCAUUAACGGGCCUGAACGUUACAGAAGUAAACGAAGAAACUAGAGAACAUGAAUUAAUAAGUCAAACUCUUGACAAACCGGCUAUUUCUAAACUUAAUUUUAACUUACUUGAAUCUCUUGAAAUCGGGGAAGUUUUUGUUGAAGAUAGAUCUGGUAAAUAUUAUCCAGAAUUAAUUGUCCCUACUGAAAUGGCAAAACAAGACGUUUUAGUAUCUAACCAAAUUAUUACUGAAAUUCAUAAUGUUCAAGAAAAAGAAGGAACCCUAGGUAUUUCGAAGGCACCAAAUUUACAAGAAGUUAAUCUAGAUAUAACAUCUAAAGAUGGCAUUGUUGUGUCUAUGAAAGAUGUACAUGAAAAAGAAGGCACAUUGUUACCGUCUGAGUCACCAACAAAAGCUAAAGUAGCAAGUGAUAUGGUGUUACAUUCAAGUUUAAGUAAUUAUAUGACUACGUCGCAUAUCAAAGAGUCUGACCUUAAUCUAGAUUCGUUUUCUACGAAAAAAGCUGAAAUAGCAUUCAAUGAACAUCAACAUACGUUAAACAUAGAAACAAAUGUAAAUGACUCCGAAAAUUCUUUGAAAAUGACUGAAUCCUCUCCUGUUAAUGAAGCUCGUGUGACAAUAUCGGCGUUAGAUAAAAACGUUAUAGAAGAAAUUCGAGUUCAUGAGAGUGAAAAAGAAUUUGUGUGUAAGGACGAUAAACAUAUGGCGACAGCUAAUGUUGAUAUUAAAGCUUCUGAACCUAUAAUAACAUCAGAAAUUGUAGAAAUGGCUUCAAUGACUUCCUUAAAAACUUUAGAUGUAGCUGAUGGCAAAGUAGCUACCGAAGGUGUUGUUACUGAGAGUGCUAAAAUUAUAACAGCACCUUUUGUACAUCAUCAAGAGGUUUUGCAAAUGUACUCUACCAAAACUCCUGAAAAUGUAUUGAUAUCUUUGAUUCCCAAUACAUCAAUAUCUGUUUUAGAAACUAAAACAUCUGAUUCGGAAAAUAAACUUGUAAUCGAACAAAUUCCAGAACCUUCAAAUACAAAACCAAAACUUGCACAUAAUUUCAAAACGCCAGUAUCGCUUGAAAUCAACACAGCAGAUCAAGUUGCAAACUUAGACUCAAUCGAAAGUUAUCCUCAUACAGCUCGUGAACAUACGGAUUUGCAUAAAGAACUAACGGUUCUACAAACUACAGUUCAAGAACAAUUACAAAAACUAGACCAAAAUUUGAUUCAGCACACACAACCGAUAACUUCCUUCACUCAAAACGAAAGCUUAAGCAUUGUCGAAACAAUACCAAAUUGUUCAGAAAAAGAACUUUUUGUUUCAGAUACGUGUUCGAACAAGUUUGCUAAAAUAGAUAUUAAUGUAGAUCAUAAAGUUCCAAUUACGUCUGAAGUGAAUUUACGCGAUUCGUUAAAUGAAUUAGAUAAAAAUGUGCCACAAUAUCGAGAAGCUGAGCUGGUAACCAACUUAUUACAUCCAAUAAACGUAUCGGAACACAAUAUCUUAGAUAGUCAAGCUACUCUGCCAAAAGGAAUCACACCCAAUCUGAAAUCAGUUACGCCUGAAUUUGUGUCAGUCGAUGAAACUCUUAGGGUUUCUGAAAUAAUGCCUAGCGAAAAAGAAGAUAUAUAUGAAAAAUCAGAACCAUGUGAAGUAAUUAAAGAAGCUACUACAAAUAUAAUAACUAGACCGGUUGCAGUUUCCUCAGAAAUGUUUGAAAAUUUAAGUGUCACAACUACGGAAUGUGAGGAUGUUAGUAGUAAAAUUUCUAAAGCUAAUAUACAAAAUAUUACUUUUAAAGAAAUAUCCGUAUCCACUGCAGAAUAUAAUGAAAAAGAAGGUAUGUUAACGUUAGAAAAACCAAAAACAGUUGAAGCGUCAAGAAAUGUAGAUUCCAAUCAAGCAAUAAUAAUAAAUGAUGUUCAAACUGAAAUUGUUCCAUUAACAUUGAAGCCGGAGUCUAUAGUUGGAGUAUCAAUUAGUCCAGAAGCAAUAACAUCAGAAGCUAUUUCGCAACAGGAAAUUAUAGUACAUACUUCGGAAAAUGUUUUAGAGAGCAAAGAAAAUGUCAAUAAAGUUCAAGCUUGUAUCACUUUGUCUGGACUUGUAGUUCCAGAGCAGGAAGAAAAAGUACCUGUGGAAAAAGAAGAUAAGCUAGUUAGUCUAACUACACCAGAAACACAUAAGGUAAAAGUGGGAAUAUCUGAACAACAUGGAUUGGAAACUACAGAAAUUUUAUCACAAUGCGAUAAUAUUAACAGACCUGACAGCUUUGAAAUGCCAAGCAAAAAGGCUUUAGUUAAGAUUGAUGAAGUUUAUGGAAAAGCUGCAAGUGUAGAAGAGGCACUUAUUAUUCAAAGUACAGGAGAAAUUAUCGCUAAUAUAAAAGAACAAAAACCGGAUAUUAAAUCGAUAGAGUUUUCGAAUUUACAGCAAACGGAAACUAUUAUAGCGGAAAGUGAAACAGUAUUUUCAGAAGACCAAGUUUUUAAAACAAAUGCCACGUCAAAUAUAGUCGAAGCGCAAGCUAUAAUUGAAAGCACUAUCAAUACAAGUGAAAAAGAAAAAACAUUUGAACAUGUAUUUUCUGUACCUACACAAGACGUUUCAAUCGAAUUUACGCCUCACAGUGGCAUAAUGCAGUCUGAAAUAAUUUUAUCAAACAACACAGAAUCAAUUAAAGAAAAUACAGUAAAACCAGAAAUGAAAACAUUGAAAACAAACAUAGAAGAACAGAAGUCAAUUGAUAUAACGGAAAUUCUUACUGUUGAAUCUGAAAUUUUAUUGAAAGAUUCACCAAAAGUUAAGUCACAUUCAUUGCAGCCUACGUCAGAUAUUUCCAUUCUACCAUCAAUCGAGUCAUCUGAGAUAACAGUAAAUGAACGGGAAAGUGUUUUACCUGCCUUAAGUGAAUCGAAAGCUCAAAAAGCUGAUUAUCAUUUGACACCAUCUGUAUGUCUAGAUAUUUCGGAAGAAGUUUUGGCUGAAAAAGAAAGUAACCUAACAGUAGAUAAUAUACCAAAAACAACAAUUAACGAUGUCAAUUUCAAUCCUCAUCAUCAUAUUAAUGUAGAAGUUUACCAGGCAGCUGAAGUUGAAGAAUCAAUUAAGAAAAUAGAUCGUAACUUUAUAAAUAUCAAAAAUGUUAGCAUAGAGCCUAUAAAAGUUCUUGAUGUCACCGAAGUUAAACCAGACGAAAGGAUUGAAGAAUUAUAUAUUAGUGAAACCCUGAAAGAAGAGGAACCUGUAACUACUAUUGAAAUGGGUGAUCAUAUUGAUACUAUUGAAAUCAUUCCAAUCGAGGCUGAGAAUAUUUUACCCAAACCUAGUUUCGACAAAGUGGGACAUAUUACAACAAAUUAUGAACAAGCUUCUCAUGUUACUGUUUUUGAAAGUAACUCAAUUGAGAAUGAACAGGCUUUAAGUAUUAAAUCAGAGAACCACCCGAAACAAAUUGUAGUAUCGAUUGAAACAAAACCUUCUGUUGAAAUAGAAGAAAUCGUGCUUACAGAAUCUGAGACAAUUCUGUCUGAAAAAACUUUGCCGAAGUCAGAAAAUCUUAUUUUGCAAAUGGAAACAGAACAACAUUAUACAGUCACGGAUACAUUUAUAAAAGAAAAGGAGGAUGACCUUAAAACUGAAUUGAUUCCAGAAAGUAAAGAACAACAGCCUAACAUAAAAACAACUCAUCAUAUCAUAACGAGUGAAACUAUAGCUGUUGAAGAUGGUGUAGAAAUUGGAAAAUAUAACAAAACGCUAACUGAGACUGCUGCAAAGACACAUGUUUUAGUUGAAGGCUUGAAUAGAGAAGAAUCACAGACGUUUGAAACAUUUGAUGUAUUAAAGCCUUCGAAAGAACCUCAAACUUUGUUUGUAAAAAAAGACAUACCAACUUUGAAAGCUGCAGAACAUUCAGAAGUUAUAAUUCAAGAGCAUCCAGGUUCUUUGUCAAAAUAUGUUCCUACUGAAGAAAAACUUCAACCAAAACAAGAUUCUGACAACCAAAGUAUAAUAACUAUGUUACCCCAAGUAAUGGAAAGCACAAAACAGUUACCCGAUAAAGAGUUUGUAGCAGAAAAGACCGUUGAAUAUGAAUUAGAAGUUCAUAAAAGCUAUUUCACUCAAGAAAACACUGCACAAGAAGUUUCUGAAAAUUUCAGUACUCACUCAAGUUUGCCAAAGAAAGCCGAAGAACAAAUAAUCGAACUAAAAGGUAUUGAACAAAUUGAAAUUAUUACAGAAGAAAAACCGCAAGAUUUAGAUAAAACAGAAUUUUUGAAAACUGAACAAGCUGAAACAAUUGCCCUUACAUUUAACGUGGUGAAUACAACAAAACAAGAGCCGUUAGAAGAUAUUAAAGAAUUUCUGUCUUUAACAAAACCAGCAAACAAAAACGCUAAAAUUGAUGUAGAAUCUCAUUUGAGUUAUACUGUAACAGAAAAUACCUUUGAAGAGCCAGUUGCUGAUAUUUUAAAAGAUGAAAUAAAAAACGCAAAAGUUCAAGAAGAAGUUUUGACUUUAAAACCUGUUGAACAAACAGAAAUUAUUCCUGGCGAAAAUAUUGAAAGUUUAACGAAGUACCCAAGGUUGGAAGAAAAGCAGUUAAAAUCCGAACCAAUUCAAUGUGAAUCUUUAAACCAAAUGGAAAAUAUUAUUCAUGAAAAUGAAGUAGAAAUGAACUUUGAGAAAAAAAUAAGUACAGAAAAUGCUUCAAUUUCCCUUAUACAUUUAACACCUUUACAGUGUACAGAAAACAUAACUGAGACUCAUCUUGAAAAUUUAUCAAUACAUAAAACUCAGGUACACAAUACAGCAGUCAAAACUAAUGACCUAUCUCCGCUAAUUAUCACAGACAAUGAAACCUUACAAAACGAAACAGAGUUAAAAAUAGUAAAACCAAUAAAACAUAAAUUAAAGCCAGUUUUAAAUUUAUCAAACGAAAUAGAAAUCACAGACAAAAAUUUCGAAGAACACGUGACACCUUAUAACGAGGUAAAACCUGAUUUACACGACAGUAAAGUGAUACUUAUUGAACAUAAUGAAGACGUCUCGACGAUUCAAGAACAAAUAAACAUAGAGAAAACAUAUCUGCACUCGAUUUCGCCUAAGUCAGACGAUGACGUAGAGGAAACUGAAGAAAUUGUUACUAAAUUUAUGCAAACUGAAGGAAAUAGUGAACCUAUACAAAUAAAAACAAAGCGAACUAUAUUGAGAAAAAAACGAAAAUCGAAAGACGUUGACGGAACAGAAGGUGACAUUGUUAUUGAAGAAACAAUGGAUGAUGAAAACGAAAAUACAAAUAAUUUCAAAAUUCGCCACGAUGUCAAAAUUGAAGAAUAUCUUGGAGAAGAAAUUGUUAACGACAAUGAUCAAAGUACGGUAGAAUUACCCGACGAGCAUGUAAGUAUACCGAAAUUACCAACACAAGUAUUAAUUGAAGAAAUGGCUGACGAAGAAAGUAUUAAAAAAACACAUAAAAACUUGGAAGAAAUAAUACAAACACACGAAGAAAUUAAACACGAAGAUAAUCGAACAUUAGAGGAAGUUCCUGAGCAAGAUAAAGUAACUCAAGUCCUUAUGGAAACCGAUAAUACUAAAACAGUAAGGACGACAAAACGAGUAAACAAACAUCGAAAAAGUCAAAUAGAAGAUAAAACUGAAAUAACGAUCAUCCAAAAAGAAGGCGAGGAACGAGUUACUUCUAGUCAUAUUAUAGAAGACAAAGUUUCGGAAGAAGAUGAGAGAAAGCCAGUAGAAAAGGUGGAAUUGCCUGAGGAAAUUGUAACAGAAAAAGUUGAAACACCUGAAGGUAAGUCAAAGCAAAAGAAAACGACAAAGCGUGUAACCAAAACGAAGCUUGGACCUAAACUGGAGACUACGGAAAUCGUAACGGAAAUCGAAGACAAUAAGUCACCUGUCGUGUCUGUACAAAAAACAGAAGAGUUGAUUGACGAAACUCUCACACCCUUCGACGAUUCAGUGAGACCCGACAGAGCUCAAGUGAUAGAAGAAGCGCCGGAGGAAGUUAAGGUGACACAAGUCGUAACCGAAACCGGUGAUAAGAAAGCAGUUAAGACAACGAAACGUGUGAUCAAAAAGCAAAAAGGUAGAAAACAAGAAGUAACUGAGAUAACGACUGUUGAAAAAGAAGGUGAAGAACCAACGACAACCGUGAACGUGACUGAAGAAAAGCACGAUGAAGAGGAGGCAAAACCAGUGGAAGUCGUCGAGCUUCCGGAGGAAACGUCCGUCGAAGUGAUCGAAACUCCUGAAGGUAAGUCGACCAAACGCAAAAUCACAAAACGAACAAUCAAGAAGAAAGUAGGUCCAGUGGUUGACACAAUACACAUCAUAACUACUCAAGAAGACGAUAAACCAUGUGUCAUUACAACACAAACUACACAAGAACUUAUUGACGACACAGUCACACCUCUAGACGAUUUACACGAACCAGUUAGUGCUGAAGUGAUAGAAGAAGCUCCCGAAGUAGUUAAGGUUACGGAAGUCGUUUCACAGGAAGGUGAAAAGAAAACGGUGAAGACGAAAAAGCGCAUUAUCAAAAAGCGAUUGGGUGCAACACAAGAAGUGACUGAAAUAACGACCGUCGAACAAGACGGUGUGAAACCUAUUACGACUGUUACAGUGACGGAGCAACAAGCGCCGGUAGAAGAGGAAGAUACGAAGCCGCUAGAAAUAGUCGAGCUCCCUGAAGAGACAGUCGUGGAGGAAGUAGAAACGCCCGAAGGCAAACCGAAACAAAAGAAAACGACCAAGCGUGUUAUCAAAAAGAAGGUUGGACCUAAAUUGGAGACCACGGAAAUCGUAACGGAAAUCGAAGACGAUAAGUCACCUGUCGUGUCUGUACAUAAAACCGAAGAGUUUAUUGACGAAUCUCUCACACCCUUCGAGGAUUUAGUGAAACCCGACAGAGCUCAAGUGAUUGAAGAAGCGCCGGAGGAAGUUAAGGUGACACAAGUCGUAACCGAAACCGGUGAUACGGAAACGGUUAAGACUACGAAACGUGUGAUCAAAAAGCAAAAAGGUAGAAAACAAGAAGUAACUGAGAUAACGACUGUUGAAAAAGAAGGUGAAGAACCAACGACAACCGUAAAUGUGACUGAAGAAAAGUCGCACGAUGAAGAGGAGGCAAAACCAGUGGAAGUCGUCGAGCUUCCGGAGGAAACGUCCGUCGAAGUGAUCGAAACUCCUGAAGGUAAGUCGACAAAACGCAAAAUCACAAAACGAACGAUUAAGAAGAAGGUAGGUCCAAUAGUUGAUACAACACACAUCAUAACUACUCAAGAAGACGAUAAACCAUGUGUUAUUACAACACAAACUACACAAGAACAUAUUGACGACACAGUCACACCUCUAGACGAUUUACACGAACCAGUUAGUGCUGAAGUGAUAGAAGAAGCUCCCGAAGAAGUCAAGGUUACGGAAGUCGUUUCACAGGAAGGUGAAAAGAAAACGGUCAAGACGACAAAACGCGUUAUCAAAAAGCGAUUAGGACCGAAACAAGAAGUAACCGAAAUAACGACCGUCGAAGAAGACGGUGAGAAACCUGUUACGACUGUUACAGUGACGGAGCCAAAAGCGCCGGUAGAGGAGGAAGAUAAAAAGCCGCUAGAAAUAGUCGAGCUCCCUGAAGAGACAGUCGUGGAGGAAGUAGAAACGCCCGAAGGCAAACCGAAACAAAAGAAAACUACCAAGCGUGUUAUCAAAAAGAAGGUUGGACCUAAAUUGGAGACCACGGAAAUCGUAACAGAAAUUGAAGACGAUAAGUCACCUGUCGUGUCUGUACAUAAAACCGAAGAGUUGAUUGAUGAAUCUCUCACACCCUUCGAGGAUUUAGUGAAACCCGACAGAGCUCAAGUCAUUGAAGAAGCGCCGGAGGAAGUUAAGGUGACACAAGUCGUAACCGAAACCGGUGAUAAGAAAACAGUUAAGACUACGAAACGUGUGAUCAAAAAGCAAAAAGGACCGAAACAAGAAGUAACCGAAAUAACGACCGUCGAAGAAGACGGUGAGAAACCUAUUACGACGGUUACAGUGACGGCGCAAAAGGCGCCGGAAGAGGAGGAAGAUAAAAAGCCGGCAGAAAUAGUCGAGCUGCCUGAAGAGACAGUCGUAGAGGAAGUAGAAACAUCCGAAGGCAAACCGAAACAAAAGAAAACGACCAAGCGUGUUAUCAAAAAGAAGGUUGGACCUAAAUUGGAGACCACGGAAAUCGUAACGGAAAUCGAAGACGAUAAGUCACCUGUCGUGUCUGUACAUAAAACCGAAGAGUUUAUUGACGAAUCUCUCACACCCUUCGAGGAUUUAGUGAAACCCGACAGAGCUCAAGUGAUCGAAGAAGCGCCGGAGGAAGUUAAGGUGACACAAGUCGUAACCGAAACCGGUGAUACGAAAACGGUUAAAACUACAAAACGUGUCAUCAAAAAGCCCAAGGGUCGUAGACAAGAAGUUAGCGACAUAACGACUGUAGAAAGGGAAGGUGAAGAACCAACUACAACUGUGAACGUGUCUGAAGAAAAGUCGCCCGAUGAAGAUGAGGCAAAACCAUUGGAAGUCGUCGAGCUUCCGGAGGAAACGUCCGUCGAAGUGGUCGAGUCUCCUGAGGGUAAGUCGAUAAGAAGAAAAACCACUAAACGAACGAUUAAGAAAAAGGUAGGUCCUAGGGUUGACACUACACACAUCACGACUACUCAAGAAGACGAUAAACCAUCUAUCGUGUCAGCUUACACUACACAAGAAUUUAUCGACGAAACACUCACACUUCUAGACGAUUUACACGAACCAGUUAGUGCUAAAGUGAUAGAAGAAGCUCCCGAAGAAGUCAAGGUUACGGAAGUGGUUUCACAUGAAGGUGAGAAGAAAACGGUCAAGACGACAAAACGCGUUAUCAAAAAGCGAUUAGGACCGAAACGAGAAGUAACCGAAAUAACGACCGUCGAAGAAGACGGUGAGAAACCUGUAACGACUGUUACAGUGACGGAGCAAAAGGCGCCGGAAGAAGGGGAAGAUACACAGCCGGCCGAAAUAGUCGAACUGCCUGAAGAGACAGUCGUGGAGGAAGUAGAAACGCCCGAAGGCAAACCGAAACAAAAGAAAACGACCAAGCGUGUUAUCAAAAAGAAGGUUGGACCUAAACUAGAGACCACGGAAAUUGUAACAGAAACAGUAGACGAUAAGUCACCUGUCGUGUCUGUACACAAAACAGAAGAGUUGAUUGACGAAUCGCUCACGCCCUUCGAGGAUUUAGUGAAACCCGACAAAGCUCAAGUGAUCGAAGAAGCGCCAGAAGAAGUUAAGGUGACACAAGUCGUAACCGAAACUGGUGAUACGAAAACGGUUAAAACUACAAAACGUGUCAUCAAAAAGCCCAAGGGUCGUAGACAAGAAGUUACCGAGAUAACGACUGUAGAAAGGGAAGGUGAAGAACCAACUACAACUGUGAACGUGUCUGAAGAAAAGUCGCCCGAUGAAGAUAAGGCAAAACCAUUGGAAUUCGUCGAGCUUCCGGAGGAAACGUCCGUCGAAGUGGUCGAGUCUCCAGAGGGUAAGUCGAUAAGAAGAAAAACGAUUAAACGAACGAUUAAGAAAAAGGUAGGUCCUAGGGUUGACACUACACACAUCACGACUACUCAAGAAGACAACAAACCAUCUGUCGUCACAGCGUACACUACACAAGAAUUUAUCGACGAUACAGUCACACCUUUAGACGAUUUACACGAACCAGUUAGUGCUAAAGUGAUAGAAGAAGCUCCCGAAGAAGUUAAGGUUACGGAAGUGGUUUCACAGGAAGGUGAGAAGAAAACGGUCAAGACGACAAAACGCGUUAUCAAAAAGCGAUUAGGACCGAAACAAGAAGUAACCGAAAUAACGACCGUCGAAGAAGACGGUGAGAAACCUGUUACGACUGUUACAGUGACGGAGCAAAAGGCGCCGGAAGAGGAGGAAGAUACACAGCCGGCAGAAAUAGUCGAACUGCCUGAAGAGACAGUCGUGGAGGAAGUAGAAACGCCCGAAGGCAAACCGAAACAAAAGAAAACGACCAAGCGUGUUAUCAAAAAGAAGGUUGGACCUAAACUGGAGACCACGGAAAUUGUAACAGAAACAGUAGACGAUAAGUCACCUGUCGUGUCUGUACAUAAAACAGAAGAGUUGAUUGACGAAUCGCUCACGCCCUUCGAGGAUUUAGUGAAACCCGACAAAGCUCACGUGAUCGAAGAAGCGCCAGAAGAAGUUAAGGUGACACAAGUCGUAACCGAAACCGGCGAUAAGAAAACGGUUAAGACUACAAAACGUGUGAUCAAGAAGCCCAAGGGUCGUAGACAAGAAGUUACCGAGAUAACGACUGUAGAAAGGGAAGGUGAAGAACCAACUACAACUGUGAACGUGUCUGAAGAAAAGCCGCCCGAUGAAGAUGAGGCAAAACCAUUGGAAGUCGUCGAGCUUCCGGAGGAAACGUCUGUCGAAGUGGUCGAGUCUCCUGAGGGUAAGUCGAUAAGAAGAAAAACCACUAAACGAACGAUUAAGAAAAAGGUAGGUCCUAGGGUUGACACUACACACAUCACGACUACACAAGAAGACGACAAACCAUCUGUCGUCACAGCGUACACUACACAAGAAUUUAUCGACGAUACAGUCACACCUUUAGACGAUUUAGACGAACCAGUUAGUGCUAAAGUGAUAGAAGAAGCUCCCGAAGAAGUUAAGGUUACGGAAGUGGUGUCACAGAAAGGUGAGAAGAAAACGGUCAAGACGACAAAACGCGUUAUCAAAAAGCGAUUAGGACCGAAACAAGAAGUAACCGAAAUAACGACCGUCGAAGAAGACGGUGAGAAACCUGUUACGACUGUUACAGUGACGGAGCAAAAGGCGCCGGAAGAGGAGGAAGAUACAAAGCCGGCAGAAAUAGUCGAACUGCCUGAAGAGACAGUCGUGGAGGAAGUAGAAACGCCCGAAGGCAAACCGAAACAAAAGAAAACGACCAAGCGUGUUAUCAAAAAGAAGGUUGGACCUAAACUGGAGACCACGGAAAUCGUAACAGAAAUAGUAGACGAUAAGUCACCUGUCGUGUCUGUACACAAAACAGAAGAGUUGAUUGACGAAUCGCUCACGCCCUUCGAUGAUUUAGUGAAACCCGACAAAGCUCAAGUGAUCGAAGAAGCGCCAGAAGAAGUAAAGGUGACACAAGUCGUAACCGAAACCGGUGAUACGAAAACGGUUAGAACUACAAAACGUGUCAUCAAAAAGCCCAAGGGUCGUAGACAAGAAGUUACCGAGAUAACGACUGUAGAAAGCGAAGGUGAAGAACCAACUACAACUGUGAACGUGUCUGAAGAAAAGUCGCCCGAUGAAGAUGAGGCAAAACCAUUGGAAGUCGUCGAGCUUCCGGAGGAAACGUCCGUCGAAGUGGUCGAGUCUCCUGAGGGUAAGUCGAUAAAAAGAAAAACCACUAAACGAACGAUUAAGAAAAAGGUUGGUCCUAGGGUUGACACUACACACAUCACGACUACACAAGAAGACGACAAACCAUCUGUCGUCACAGCGUACACUACACAAGAAUUUAUCGACGAUACAGUCACACCUUUAGACGAUUUACACGAACCAGUUAGUGCUAAAGUGAUAGAAGAAGCUCCCGAAGAAGUUAAGGUUACGGAAGUGGUGUCACAGAAAGGUGAGAAGAAAACGGUCAAGACGACAAAACGCGUUAUCAAAAAGCGAUUAGGACCGAAACAAGAAGUAACCGAAAUAACGACCGUCGAAGAAGACGGUGAGAAACCUGUUACGACUGUUACAGUGACGGAGCAAAAGGCGCCGGAAGAGGAGGAAGAUACAAAGCCGGCAGAAAUAGUCGAACUGCCUGAAGAGACAGUCGUGGAGGAAGUAGAAACGCCCGAAGGCAAACCGAAACAAAAGAAAACGACCAAGCGUGUUAUCAAAAAGAAGGUUGGACCUAAACUGGAGACCACGGAAAUCGUAACAGAAAUAGUAGACGAUAAGUCACCUGUCGUGUCUGUACACAAAACAGAAGAGUUGGUUGACGAAUCGCUCACGCCCUUCGAUGAUUUAGUGAAACCCGACAAAGCUCAAGUGAUCGAAGAAGCGCCAGAAGAAGUAAAGGUGACACAAGUCGUAACCGAAACCGGUGAUACGGAAACGGUUAGAACUACAAAACGUGUCAUCAAAAAGCCCAAGGGUCGUAGACAAGAAGUUACCGAGAUAACGACUGUAGAGAGGGAAGGUGAAGAACCAACUACAACUGUGAACGUGUCUGAAGAAAAGUCGCCCGAUGAAGAUGAGGCAAAACCAUUGGAAGUCGUCGAGCUUCCGGAGGAAACGUCCGUCGAAGUGGUCGAGUCUCCUGAGGGUAAGUCGAUAAAAAGAAAAACCACUAAACGAACGAUUAAGAAAAGGGUAGGUCCUAGGGUUGACACUACACGCAUCACGACUACACAAGAAGACGACAAACCAUCUGUCGUCACAGCGUACACUACACAAGAAUUUAUCGACGAUACAGUCACACCUUUAGACGAUUUACACGAACCAGUUAGUGCUAAAGUGAUAGAAGAAGCUCCCGAAGAAGUUAAGGUUACGGAAGUGGUGUCACAGAAAGGUGAGAAGAAAACGGUCAAGACGACAAAACGCGUUAUCAAAAAGCGAUUAGGACCGAAACAAGAAGUAACCGAAAUAACGACCGUCGAAGAAGACGGUGAGAAACCUGUUACGACUGUUACAGUGACGGAGCAAAAGGCGCCGGAAGAGGAGGAAGAUACAAAGCCGGCAGAAAUAGUCGAACUGCCUGAAGAGACAGUCGUGGAGGAAGUAGAAACGCCCGAAGGCAAACCGAAACAAAAGAAAACGACCAAGCGUGUUAUCAAAAAGAAGGUUGGACCUAAACUGGAGACCACGGAAAUUGUAACAGAAAUAGUAGACGAUAAGUCACCUGUUGUAUCUGUACACAAAACAGAAGAGUUGAUUAACGAAUCGCUCACGCCCUUCGAGGAUUUAGUGAAACCCGACAAAGCUCAAGUGAUCGAAGAAGCACCUGAAGAAGAGGAAGAUACAAAGCCGGCAGAAAUAGUCGAACUGCCUGAAGAGACAGUCGUGGAGGAAGUAGAAACGCCCGAAGGCAAACCGAAACAAAAGAAAACGACCAAGCGUGUUAUCAAAAAGAAGGUUGGACCUAAACUGGAGACCACGGAAAUCGUAACAGAAAUAGUAGACGAUAAGUCACCUCUUGUAUCUGUACACAAAACAGAAGAGUUGAUUGACGAAUCGCUCACGCCCUUCGAGGAUUUAGUGAAACCCGACAAAGCUCAAGUGAUCGAAGAAGCGCCAGAAGAAGUAAAGGUGACACAAGUCGUAACCGAAACCGGUGAUACGAAAGCGGUUAGAACUACAAAACGUGUCAUCAAAAAGCCCAAGGGUCGUAGACAAGAAGUUACCGAGAUAACGACUGUAGAGAGGGAAGGUGAAGAACCAACUACAACUGUGAACGUGUCUGAAGAAAAGUCGCCCGAUGAAGAUGAGGUAAAACCAUUGGAAGUCGUCGAGCUUCCGGAGGAAACGUCCGUCGAAGUGGUCGAGUCUCCUGAGGGUAAGUCGAUAAAAAGAAAAACCACUAAACGAACGAUUAAGAAAAAGGUAGGUCCUAGGGUUGACACUACACACAUCACGACUACACAAGAAGACGACAAACCAUCUGUCGUCACAGCGUACACUACACAAGAAUUUAUCGACGAUGCAGUCACACCUUUAGACGAUUUACACGAACCAGUUAGUGCUAAAGUGAUAGAAGAAGCUCCCGAAGAAGUUAAGGUUACGGAAGUGGUGUCACAGAAAGGUGAGAAGAAAACGGUCAAGACGACAAAACGCGUUAUCAAAAAGCGAUUAGGACCGAAACAAGAAGUAACCGAAAUAACGACCGUCGAAAAAGACGGUGAGAAACCUGUUACGACUGUUACAGUUACGGAGCAAAAGGCGCCGGAAGAGGAGGAAGAUACACAGCCGGCAGAAAUAGUCGAACUGCCUGAAGAGACGGUCGUGGAGGAAGUAGAAACGCCCGAAGGCAAACCGAAACAAAAGAAAACGACCAAGCGUGUUAUCAAAAAGAAGGUUGGACCUAAACUAGAGACCACGGAAAUUGUAACAGAAACAGUAGACGAUAAGUCACCUGUCGUGUCUGUACACAAAACAGAAGAGUUGAUUGACGAAUCGCUCACGCCCUUCGAGGAUUUAGUGAAACCCGACAAAGCUCAAGUGAUCGAAGAAGCGCCAGAAGAAGUAAAGGUGACACAAGUCGUAACCGAAACCGGUGAUACGAAAGCGGUUAGAACUACAAAACGUGUCAUCAAAAAGCCCAAGGGUCGUAGACAAGAAGUUACCGAGAUAACGACUGUAGAGAGGGAAGGUGAAGAACCAACUACAACUGUGAACGUGUCUGAAGAAAAGUCGCCCGAUGAAGAUGAGGCAAAACCAUUGGAAGUCGUCGAGCUUCCGGAGGAAACGUCCGUCGAAGAAGUAGAAACGCCCGAAGGCAAACCGAAACAAAAGAAAACGACCAAGCGUGUUAUCAAAAAGAAGGUUGGACCUAAACUGGAGACCACGGAAAUUGUAACAGAAACAGUAGACGAUAAGUCACCUGUCGUGUCUGUACACAAAACAGAAGAGUUGAUUGACGAAUCGCUCACGCCCUUCGAGGAUUUAGUGAAACCCGACAAAGCUCAAGUGAUCGAAGAAGCGCCAGAAGAAGUUAAGGUGACACAAGUCGUAACCGAAACCGGUGAUACGAAAACGGUUAGAACUACAAAACGUGUCAUCAAAAAGCCCAAGGGUCGUAGACAAGAAGUUACCGAGAUAACGACUGUAGAAAGGGAAGGUGAAGAACCAACUACAACUGUGAACGUGUCUGAAGAAAAGUCGCCCGAUGAAGAUGAGGCAAAACCAUUGGAUGUCGUCGAGCUUCCGGAGGAAACGUCCGUCGAAGAAGUAGAAACGCCCGAAGGCAAACCGAAACAAAAGAAAACGACCAAGCGUGUUAUCAAAAAGAAGGUUGGACCUAAACUAGAGACCACGGAAAUCGUAACAGAAAUAGUAGACGAUAAGUCACCUGUCGUAUCUGUACACAAAACAGAAGAGUUGAUUGACGAAUCGCUCACGCCCUUCGAGGAUUUAGUGAAACCCGACAAAGCUCAAGUGAUCGAAGAAGCGCCAGAAGAAGUUAAGGUGACACAAGUCGUAACCGAAACCGGUGAUACGAAAACGGUUAGAACUACAAAACGUGUCAUCAAAAAGCCCAAGGGUCGUAGACAAGAAGUUACCGAGAUAACGACUGUAGAAAGGGAAGGUGAAGAACCAACUACAACUGUGAACGUGUCUGAAGAAAAGUCGCCCGAUGAAGAUGAGGCAAAACCAUUGGAAGUCGUCGAGCUUCCGGAGGAAACGUCCGUCGAAGUGGUCGAGUCUCCUGAGGGUAAGUCGAUAAAAAGAAAAACCACUAAACGAACGAUUAAGAAAAAGGUAGGUCCUAGGGUUGACACUACACACAUCACGACUACACAAGAAGACGACAAACCAACUGUCGUCACAACGUACACUACACAAGAAUUUAUCGACGAUUCGGUCACACCUUUAGACGAUUUACACGAACCAGUUAGUGCUAAAGUGAUAGAAGAAGCUCCCGAAGAAGUUAAGGUUACGGAAGUGGUUUCACAGGAAGGUGAGAAGAAAACGGUCAAGACGACAAAACGCGUUAUCAAAAAGCGAUUAGGACCGAAACGAGAAGUAACCGAAAUAACGACCGUCGAAGAAGACGGUGAGAAACCUGUUACGACUGUUACAGUGACGGAGCAAAAGGCGCCGGAAGAGGAGGAAUAUACACAGCCGGCCGAAAUAGUCGAACUGCCUGAAGAGACAGUCGUGGAGGAAGUAGAAACGCCCGAAGGCAAACCGAAACAAAAGAAAACGACCAAGCGUGUUAUCAAAAAGAAGGUUGGACCUAAACUGGAGACCACGGAAAUCGUAACAGAAAUAGUAGACGAUAAGUCACCUGUCGUAUCUGUACACAAAACAGAAGAGUUGAUUGACGAAUCGCUCACGCCCUUCGAGGAUUUAGUGAAACCCGACAAAGCUCAAGUGAUCGAAGAAGCGCCAGAAGAAGUUAAGGUGACACAAGUCGUAACCGAAACCGGUGAUACGAAAACGGUUAGAACUACAAAACGUGUCAUCAAAAAGCCCAAGGGUCGUAGACAAGAAGUUACCGAGAUAACGACUGUAGAAAGGGAAGGUGAAGAACCAACUACAACUGUGAACGUGUCUGAAGAAAAGUCGCCCGAUGAAGAUGAGGCAAAACCAUUGGAAGUCGUCGAGCUUCCGGAGGAAACGUCCGUCGAAGAAGUAGAAACGCCCGAAGGCAAACCGAAACAAAAGAAAACGACCAAGCGUGUUAUCAAAAAGAAGGUUGGACCUAAACUGGAGACCACGGAAAUCGUAACAGAAAUAGUAGACGAUAAGUCACCUGUCGUGUCUGUACACAAAACAGAAGAGUUGAUUGACGAAUCGCUCACGCCCUUCCAGGAUUUAGUGAAACCCGACAAAGCUCAAGUAAUCGAAGAAGCGCCAGAAGAAGUAAAGGUGACACAAGUCGUAACCGAAACUGGUGAUACGAAAACGGUUAAAACUACAAAACGUGUCAUCAAAAAGCCCAAGGGUCGUAGACAAGAAGUUACUGAGAUAACGACUGUAGAAAGGGAAGGUGAAGAACCAACUACAACUGUGAACGUGAUUGAAGAAAAGUCGCCCGAUGAAGAUGAAGCAAAACCAUUGGAAGUCGUUGAGCUUCCGGAGGAAACGUCUAUCGAAGUGAUCGAGACUCCUGAGGGUAAGUCGAUUAAAAGAAAAAUAACGAAACGUACGAUUAAAAAGAAGGUAGGUCCUAGGGUUGACACCACACACACAACACCUACACAAGACGACGAUAUUUCGUCUGUCAUCACAACACACACUACACAAGAAUUUGUUGACGACACGGUCACACCCUUUGACGAUUCAUUGAAACCGGCUACCGCUAAAUUGGUCGAAGAAGCUCCCGAAGAAGUAAAAGUUACGGAAAUUGUGUCACAGGAAGGUGACAAGAAAACGGUGAAGACGACGAAACGCGUGAUCAAGAAACGGUUGGGGCCAAAACAAGAGGUAACUGAAAUAACGAGCGUCGAACAGGACGGUGAAAAACCUAUUACGACUGUUAAAGUGACGGAGCAAGAGGGCCCGGUAGAGGAGGAAGAUACAAAGCCGGUAGAAAUAGUCGAGCUCCCAGAAGAGACAGUCGUGGAGCAAGUAGAAACGCCCGAAGGCAAACCGAAACAAAGAAAAACGGUCAAACGUGUUAUCAAAAAGAAGGAGGGAACUAAAAUUGAGACCACGGAAAUAGUAACAGAAAUCGAAGACGAUAAGUCACCUGUCGUGUCUGUACACAAAAUCGAAGAGUUGAUCGACGAAUCUCUCACACCGUUCGAGAAUUUAGUGAAACCCGACAAAGCUCAAGUAAUCGAAGAAGUGCCAGAAGAAGUUAAGGUGACACAAGUCGUAACCGAAACUGGUGAUACGAAAACAGUUAAGACGACGAAACGCGUGAUCAAGAAGCGAUUGGGUCCAAAACAAGAAGUAACUGAAAUAACGACCGUCGAGUAUGACGGUGAAAAACCUAUUACGACUGUUAAUGUGACGGAGCAAGAGGGUCCGGUAGAGGAGGAAGAUACCAAGCCGGUAGAAAUAGUCGAGCUCCCUGAAGAGAUAGUCGUGGAGCAAGUAGAAACGCCCGAAGGCGAACCGAAACAAAAGAAAACGACCAAGCGUGUUAUCAAAAAGAAGGAGGGACCUAAAUUGGAGACCACGGAAAUCGUAACGGAAAUUGAAGACGAUAAGUCACCUGUCGUGUCUGUACAUAAAACCGAAGAGUUGAUUGACGAAUCUCUCACACCCUUCGAGGAAUUAGUGAAACCCGACAAAGCUCAAGUAAUCGAAGAAGCGCCAGAAGAAGUUAAGGUGACACAAGUCGUAACCGAAACCGGUGAUACGAAAACGGUUAAGACUACGAAACGUGUGAUGAAGAAGCCCAAGGGUAGUAAACAAGAAGUUACCGAGAUUAUAACCGUCGAAAAAGAAGGUGAAGAACCAACGACAACCGUAAACGUUACUGAAGGAACGUCGCCCGAUGAAGAGGAAGUGACACCAUUGGAUGUUGUUGAGCUUCCGGAGGAAACGUCUGUCGAAGUGAUCGAGACUCCUGAGGGUAAGUCGAUUAAAAGAAAAAUAACGACACGUACGAUUAAAAAGAAGGUAGGUCCUAGGGUUGACACUACACACACAACACCUAUACAAGACGACGAUAUUUCGUCUGUCAUCACAACACACACUACACAAGAAUUUUUUGACGACACAGUCACACCAUUUGACGAUUCAUUGAAACCGGUUACCGCUAAAUUGGUCGAAGAAGCUCCCGAAGAAGUUAAGGUUACGGAAGUGGUUUCACAGGAAGGUGAGAAGAAAACGGUCAAGACGACAAAACGCGUUAUCAAAAAGCGAUUAGGACCGAAACAAGAAGUAACCGAAAUAACGACCGUCGAAGAAGACGGUGAGAAACCUGUUACGACUGUUAAAGUGACGGAGCAAGAGGGCCCGGUAGAGGAGGAAGAUACCAAGCCGGUAGAAAUAGUCGAGCUCCCUGAAGAGACAGUCGUGGAGCAAGUAGAAACGCCUGAAGGCGAACCGAAACAAAAGAAAACGACCAAGCGUGUUAUCAAAAAGAAGGAGGGACCUAAAUUGGAGACCACGGAAAUCGUAACGGAAAUUGAAGACGAUAAGUCACCUGUCGUGUCUGUACACAAAACCGACGAGUUGAUUGAUGAAUCUCUCACACCCUUCGAGGAAUUAAUGAAACCCGACAAAGCUCAAGUGAUCGAAGAAGCGCCAGAAGAAGUUAAGGUGACACAAGUCGUAACCGAAACCGGUGAUACGAAAACGGUUAAGACUACGAAACGUGUGAUGAAGAAGCCCAAGGGUAGUAAACAAGAAGUUACAGAGAUUAUAACCGUCGAAAAAGAAGGUGAAGAACCAACGCUAACCGUAAAAGUUACUGAAGGACCGUCGCCCGAUGAAGAGGAAGUGACACCAUUGGAUGUUGUUGAGCUUCCGGAGGAAACGUCUGUCGAAGUGAUCGAGACUCCUGAGGGUAAGUCGAUUAAAAGAAAAAUAACGACACGUACGAUUAAAAAGAAGGUAGGUCCUAGGGUUGACACUACACACACAACACCUACACAAGACGACGAUAUUUCGUCUGUCAUCACAACACACACUACACAAGAAUUUGUUGACGACACAGUCACACCAUUUGACGAUUCAUUGAAACCGGUUACCGCUAAAUUGGUCGAAGAAGCUCCCGAAGAAGUUAAGGUUACGGAAGUGGUUUCACAGGAAGGUGAGAAGAAAACGGUCAAGACGACAAAACGCGUUAUCAAAAAGCGAUUAGGACCGAAACAAGAAGUAACCGAAAUAACGACCGUCGAAGAAGACGGUGAGAAACCUGUUACGACUGUUAAAGUGACGGAGCAAGAGGGCCCGGUAGAGGAGGAAGAUACCAAGCCGGUAGAAAUAGUCGAGCUCCCUGAAGAGACAGUCGUGGAGCAAGUAGAAACGCCCGAAGGCGAACCGAAACAAAAGAAAACGACCAAGCGUGUUAUCAAAAAGAAGGAGGGACCUAAAUUGGAGACCACGGAAAUCGUAACGGAAAUUGAAGACGAUAAGUCACCUGUCGUGUCUGUACACAAAACCGAAGAGUUGAUUGAUGAAUCUCUCACACCCUUCGAGGAAUUAAUGAAACCCGACAAAGCUCAAGUGAUCGAAGAAGCGCCAGAAGAAGUUAAGGUGACACAAGUCGUAACCGAAACCGGUGAUACGAAAACGGUUAAGACUACGAAACGUGUGAUGAAGAAGCCCAAGGGUAAUAAACAAGAAGUUACCGAGAUUAUAACCGUCGAAAAAGAAGGUGAAGAACCAACGACAACCGUAAAAGUUACUGAAGGACCGUCGCCCGAUGAAGAGGAAGUGACACCAUUGGAUGUUGUUGAGCUUCCGGAGGAAACGUCUGUCGAAGUGAUCGAGACUCCUGAGGGUAAGUCGAUUAAAAGAAAAAUAACGAAACGUACGAUUAAAAAGAAGGUAGGUCCUAGGGUUGACACUACACACACAACACUUACACAAGACGACGAUAUUUCGUCUGUCAUCACAACACACACUACACAAGAAUUUGUUGACGACACAGUCACACCAUUUGACGAUUCAUUGAAACCGGUUACCGCUAAAUUGGUCGAAGAAGCUCCCGAAGAAGUUAAGGUUACGGAAGUGGUUUCACAGGAAGGUGAGAAGAAAACGGUCAAGACGACAAGACGCGUUAUCAAAAAGCGAUUAGGACCGAAACAAGAAGUAACCGAAAUAACGACCGUCGAAGAAGACGGUGAGAAACCUGUUACGACUGUUACAAUGACGGAGCAAAAGGCGCCGGAAGAGGAGGAAGAUACAAAGCCGGCAGAAAUAGUCGAACUGCCUGAAGAGACAGUCGUGGAGGAAGUAGAAACGCCCGAAGGCAAACCGAAACAAAAGAAAACGACCAAGCGUGUUAUCAAAAAGAAGGUUGGACCUAAACUGGAGACCACGGAAAUCGUAACAGAAAUAGUAGACGAUAAGUCACCUGUCGUAUCUGUACACAAAACAGAAGAGUUGAUUGACGAAUCGCUCACGCCCUUCGAGGAUUUAGUGAAACCCGACAAAGCUCAAGUGAUCGAAGAAGCGCCAGAAGAAGUUAAGGUGACACAAGUCGUAACCGAAACCGGUGAUACGAAAACGGUUAAGACUACGAAACGUGUGAUGAAGAAGCCCAAGAGUAGUAAACAAGAAGUUACCGAGAUUAUAACCGUCGAAAAAGAAGGUGAAGAACCAACGACAACCGUAAACGUUACUGAAGAAACGUCGCCCGAUGAAGAGGAAGUGACACCAUUGGAUGUUGUUGAGCUUCCGGAGGAAACGUCUGUCGAAGUGAUCGAGACUCCUGAGGGUAAGUCGAUUAAAAGAAAAAUAACGAAACGUACGAUUAAAAAGAAGGUAGGUCCUAGGGUUGACACUACACACACAACACUUCCACAAGACGACGAUAUUUCGUCUGUCAUCACAACACACACUACACAAGAAUUUGUUGACGACACAGUCACACCAUUUGACGAUUCAUUGAAACCGGUUACCGCUAAAUUAGUCGAAGAAGCUCCCGAAGAAGUAAAAGUUACGGAAGUCGUGUCACAGGAAGGUGACAAGAAAACGGUGAAGACGACGAAACGCGUGAUCAAGAAACGGUUGGGGCCAAAACAAGUGGUAACUGAAAUAACGACCGUCGAACAGGACGGUGAAAAACCUAUUACGACUGUUAAUGUGACGGAGCAAGAGGGUCCGGUAGAGGAGGAAGAUACCAAGCCGGUAGAAAUAGUCGAGCUCCCUGAAGAGACAGUCGUGGAGCAAGUAGAAACGCCCGAAGGCGAACCGAAACAAAAGAAAACGACCAAGCGUGUUAUCAAAAAGAAGGAGGGACCUAAAUUGGAGACCACGGAAAUCGUAACGGAAAUUGAAGACGAUAAGUCACCUGUCGUGUCUGUACACAAAACCGAAGAGUUGAUUGAUGAAUCUCUCACACCCUUCGAGGAAUUAAUGAAACCCGACAAAGCUCAAGUGAUCGAAGAAGCGCCAGAAGAAGUUAAGGUGACACAAGUCGUAACCGAAACCGGUGAUACGAAAACGGUUAAGACUACGAAACGUGUGAUGAAGAAGCCCAAGGGACCGAAACAAGAAGUAACCGAAAUAACGACCGUCGAAGAAGACGGUGAGAAACCUGUUACGACUGUUACAAUGACGGAGCAAAAGGCGCCGGAAGAGGAGGAAGAUACAAAGCCGGCAGAAAUAGUCGAACUGCCUGAAGAGACAGUCGUGGAGGAAGUAGAAACGCCCGAAGGCAAACCGAAACAAAAGAAAACGACCAAGCGUGUUAUCAAAAAGAAGGUUGGACCUAAACUGGAGACCACGGAAAUCGUAACAGAAAUAGUAGACGAUAAGUCACCUGUCGUAUCUGUACACAAAACAGAAGAGUUGAUUGACGAAUCGCUCACGCCCUUCGAGGAUUUAGUGAAACCCGACAAAGCUCAAGUGAUCGAAGAAGCGCCAGAAGAAGUUAAGGUGACACAAGUCGUAACCGAAACCGGUGAUACGAAAACGGUUAAGACUACGAAACGUGUGAUGAAGAAGCCCAAGGGUAGUAAACAAGAAGUUACCGAGAUUAUAACCGUCGAAAAAGAAGGUGAAGAACCAACGACAACCGUAAACGUUACUGAAGAAACGUUGCCCGAUGAAGAGGAAGUGACACCAUUGGAUGUUGUUGAGCUUCCGGAGGAAACGUCUGUCGAAGUGAUCGAGACUCCUGAGGGUAAGUCGAUUAAAAGAAAAAUAACGAAACGUACGAUUAAAAAGAAGGUAGGUCCUAGGGUUGACACUACACACACAACACUUCCACAAGACGACGAUAUUUCGUCUGUCAUCACAACACACACUACACAAGAAUUUGUUGACGACACAGUCACACCAUUUGACGAUUCAUUGAAACCGGUUACCGCUAAAUUAGUCGAAGAAGCUCCCGAAGAAGUAAAAGUUACGGAAGUCGUGUCACAGGAAGGUGACAAGAAAACGGUGAAGACGACGAAACGCGUGAUCAAGAAACGGUUGGGGCCAAAACAAGUGGUAACUGAAAUAACGACCGUCGAACAGGACGGUGAAAAACCUAUUACGACUGUUAAUGUGACGGAGCAAGAGGGUCCGGUAGAGGAGGAAGAUACCAAGCCGGUAGAAAUAGUCGAGCUCCCUGAAGAGACAGUCGUGGAGCAAGUAGAAACGCCCGAAGGCGAACCGAAACAAAAGAAAACGACCAAGCGUGUUAUCAAAAAGAAGGAGGGACCUAAAUUGGAGACCACGGAAAUCGUAACGGAAAUUGAAGACGAUAAGUCACCUGUCGUGUCUGUACAUAAAACCGAAGAGUUGAUUGACGAAUCUCUCACACCCUUCGAGGAAUUAGUGAAACCCGACAAAGCUCAAGUUAUCGAAGAAGCGCCAGUAGAAGUUAAGGUGACACAAGUCGUAACCGAAACCGGUGAUACGAAAACGGUUAAGACUACGAAACGUGUGAUGAAGAAGCCCAAGGGUAGUAAACAAGAAAUUACCGAGAUUAUAACCGUCGAAAAAGAAGGUGAAGAACCAACGACAACCGUAAAAGUUACUGAAGGAACGUCGCCCGAUGAAGAGGAAGUGACAUCAUUGGAUGUUGUUGAGCUUCCGGAGGAAACGUCUGUCGAAGUGAUCGAGACUCCUGAGGGUAAGUCGAUUAAAAGAAAAAUAACGAAACGUACGAUUAAAAAGAAGGUAGGUCCUAGGGUUGACACUACACACACAACACCUACACAAGACGACGAUAUUUCGUCUGUCAUCACAACACACACUACACAAGAAUUUGUUGACGACACAGUCACACCAUUUGACGAUUCAUUGAAACCGGUUACCGCUAAAUUGGUCGAAGAAGCUCCCGAAGAAGUUAAGGUUACGGAAGUGGUUUCACAGGAAGGUGAGAAGAAAACGGUCAAGACGACAAGACGCGUUAUCAAAAAGCGAUUAGGACCGAAACAAGAAGUAACCGAAAUAACGACCGUCGAAGAAGACGGUGAGAAACCUGUUACGACUGUUACAAUGACGGAGCAAAAGGCGCCGGAAGAGGAGGAAGAUACAAAGCCGGCAGAAAUAGUCGAACUGCCUGAAGAGACAGUCGUGGAGGAAGUAGAAACGCCCGAAGGCAAACCGAAACAAAAGAAAACGACCAAGCGUGUUAUCAAAAAGAAGGUUGGACCUAAACUGGAGACCACGGAAAUCGUAACAGAAAUACUAGACGAUAAGUCACCUGUCGUAUCUGUACACAAAACAGAAGAGUUGAUUGACGAAUCGCUCACGCCCUUUGAGGAUUUAGUGAAACCCGACAAAGCUCAAGUGAUCGAAGAAGCGCCAGAAGAAGUUAAGGUGACACAAGUCGUAACCGAAACCGGUGAUACGAAAACGGUUAAGACUACGAAACGUGUGAUGAAGAAGCCCAAGGGUAGUAAACAAGAAGUUACCGAGAUUAUAACCGUCGAAAAAGAAGGUGAAGAACCAACGACAACCGUAAACGUUACUGAAGAAACGCCGCCCGAUGAAGAGGAAGUGACACCAUUGGAUGUUGUUGAGCUUCCGGAGGAAACGUCUGUCGAAGUGAUCGAGACUCCUGAGGAAGUAGAGACAUAUCCAACAAAAGAUGAAGAGAUUACAGCAAAAUCGCCAGAACGAGAAAUUACGGAAGUUGUCAAACAAAUGAAAAAACCUAAACUCUUACCUCAAAAGCUGGAACGUGGUUCUUUGAAAAUAAGUAAAGCCCAAUUUGCGGAAGAAGUGACACAGCCUCAGUUCUCUAAAAUUAAAUUGAAGAAGUCAACUGUGAAACCGAAACAAGAGCCGACGGCUUCAACAUUACCUAAAGUCCAAUUAAAAAGUCGUAUCAAGUUUAUAACUGAUUGGCCACCAAAGGAUUCCAAGCCUAUAAUAACAUUUUUGGGAAGCGUAAGACAAAACGGUGAAUUAUCUAGAAAUAUAAAAGAAGCAUCUAAAAUUAAGAAGAAACCUCUGAAAGUGCCAGUGCUUGAUGAAUUAGACAAAGUUGUGUUAGAAUCGCCUGAAGAUUAUACUAAUAACUACGUGGCUGAACCUAUAGAUAAGUCAAAAGAAUUAGAAAAAGACGUUGAACUACCGACAAACGAAGUAGUAGAUAAAAAUAAAAAACCGGAACUACCUGAGACUGAGUCAACAAAAUUAGACGAAGUAAAAGAAAAACAGCUACCUACAAAAGUUGACAAAUCUAAAUCGCAAGAAGAUGUAAGCAAAGUAAAGAAAACACCAAAACUGAAACCUAUGACAAUAGAAGAAAUAGAAGUUAAUAAACCCCAAUACGUAGAAAAAGUCGAAGAGCCGCAAUUUAAAAAUUUGAAACUGAAAAAAGCUGUUUUGAAACGAAAGCCAGAAGACACGGUUGUGAAAAUACCUAAAGUACAACUGAAAAGCCGUAUUAAAUAUGUGACGGAAUGGCCUCCUCAAAUUAUAAAGCCAAGUAUCUCAGUUUUGAGUAGUGUUCGGCAGAAUGGUAUUCUUUCAAGAAACAUAAAGGAGGCAGCUAAAAUUAAGAAAAAAAUUAUUAAGGAACCAAAACUGCCUGAAAUUCAAAAAACUGAAUUAGAAAAGCCACUGUUUACGCAUGAGGAUAUAGUAGAUGCUGCAACAAAAUUACCCGAUAAAGAAGUUACGAGCGAGUCACCUAAAAUUACCACGAGAGUUGAUGAAGUUCCUGAUAAACCUCUUAUACAACAAAAUGAGCCAUUGAAGGAAAUACAAGUAGAAGAUGUAGAGGAAGAUAAACCUUAUGAAAUCAAGAAAGAGGAACCGGAGGAGAUAAAUGAAGAGGAACCUCAAAGCGUCACUAUCAAACCUCGACGUGCGAGUGUGAAAAAGAUCGAAGAAAUAACCGAUGAAGUAACAAUAAAGAAAAAAUUGAAACCUAUUCGUAAGUCGUCUGUGACUUUACCAGAAAUAACAGAACCAGAGGAAGUCACAUUCAGGCCUAAAAGUGUAAAAACUAAAGAAGACGUUGAACAAGAAUUUAAUAUUCAUUUAGAUUCCUAUCAAGAAGAGGAAAUCUCAAUGUCCAGUAAAGUCAAAUUAAAACCUCAAAGGCAACCAACAUUUAAUGAAGAAGCUAAUGAAGCGUCAAUAAAAUAUUACAAAGAAAACGAGGAUGAUGAUGAAGUCGACAUCGUCGAAAUCAUUGAUAGCGAAGACAAGGAGGAAAGCUCUAACUUCACUAUGCCAUUGAGAAAACCUACUUUGAAAAAGACUUCAGUGGAAUAUUUGGACGACAUAGUAGAAAAAGUUAAUGUGCCUAAUAAAAAAACAUUAGAUAAUGGAACGGAAUUCACUGAAAAUGUUACAUUCGACUUGGGCAAACAGCCGCAAUACGUGGUUGAUAAUCAAGAAAUUGCUUUUGACGUAAAACAACAAGUAGAUGAGUAUAAACACGAGGAGCUGUCGCUGUCAAGUAAUAUAAAACUAGCGUCAAAGAAAAGACCAACAAUAUCUGAAGCGGCUGAUGAAACGUCGAUUCGACUAGAAAAAGAGGUCGAAGAUGACAGCAAAGUUGAAGAGAUCAUUAUCAGCGAAGCUGAAUCAGAGGAAAAUGUCGAAAUGGUUUUGAGGAGGAAGCCCAAAAAAUCUACCUACGAAGUGAGUGAAGUGGAAGAGCUAAGUGUUGACUUCAAACCGAAACGUGCUCCGAGCAAAACAUUUGAGGAGGGAGAGCUCACAAUAUCGACUAAGCGCAAGCCGAAGAAGACAGCUCAAGUCCAAGAAGCGGAAGCAUCAAUGAGCAUAGCUAGAGAGCAAGAGUUCCCAGAAACUCCAGUCAACGUCCGAUGUGGUGACACCGUCUUCGCCGUUUACUCUUACGUUGCAGAAACAGACGAGGCUAUAAACCUCGUCGAGGGAGAAAGAUUAUACAUAUUAGAAACUACUAAUCAAGACUGGUGGUUCGUUCGCAAACACCUCACGGAGGAGAAGGGUUGGGUGCCGGCGCAGUACUUGAUGGACGAGGCGAACUACACGCUGUACCUGCAGAAGAAAUUAAAUGAAAAGAUUGACAAACUGCCCGUUUUUGAAAAACCGACGUCUGAGGAACAAGCGAUUGCGCCCAUAUUCAUUGAAAAGCUCCGCCCUAAGCACACUCCCGACGGCGCUACCGUGCAGUUCGAGUGUCAGGUCGAAGGGUACCCCAGACCGCAAAUAACGUGGUUCAGACAAACGGCUAUAAUUAAACCGUCUCAAGACUUCCAAAUGUAUUACGACGACGACAACGUGGCUACACUAGUGAUCCGCGAGGUGUUCCCCGAGGACGCCGGAACGUUCACUUGCGUCGCUAAGAAUGCGGCUGGGUUCGCCUCUAGUACAACGGAACUGAUUGUGGAGGCACCGCUGUCCGACCACGGCUCCGAGAUGACCAUUCUGUCCAGGAAGAGUCUGUCCAGGGAGUCAUCCCUCGCCGACAUACUAGAAGGCAUUCCUCCGACGUUCUCCAAGCGCCCCAAGGCGCAGUGCGUCGACGAAGGCUCCGAAAUAUUCUUAGAGUGCAGACUAGUAGCCAUACCGGAACCGGACAUAGCGUGGUUCUUUAAAGGAGAGGAAAUAAUGCCCGAGGACAACGUUUCCAUUGCCACCGAAUCCGAUAUGCACAUGUAUUGUAGUGUUUUGAAAAUAUCGAACGUUAAAAAGAUUCAAGAGGGUACGUACACUGUUCUCGCCGUCAACAGGGAGGGCGAGGCGAGCUUACCGAUAGUUCUGAAAAUUAGAACAGGUGACAAGGAGAAGCCACAGGUCAUAGAGCCUCUCAAGAGCAUGACGAUCAGAGAAGGAGAGAGCGUCGUCCUGACCACUCAAGUAGUCGGAACUCCAGAACCCAAGGUUUCGUGGUACAGAAAUAAUAAACCCAUUAAAGGCCUCACACAAAAAUCCGAUGGUGACGUUCAUUCCAUAACUAUAGUUAAACCGAAGAAAGGCAAAGACGAUGGCAUUUAUACUCUUAAAGCAGUUAAUUCCGAGGGCACGGCAGAAACUAGUGCGGUCAUAACUAUCGAAGAAUCAACCGAGGAGAAUGAAGAACCGCCUCUAUUCAUUAAUAGAUUCCAAGAACUGACCGUUAAAGAAAAGGGAACGAUACGCUUAACCGCGAAGGUCACCGGGAACCCCAUACCGUUGAUAACGUGGUACAGGAACAACCAAAUACUUACUCCCAGUGAUACUGUCACCCAGAACUUCGACGGUGAGAACAUUGAACUAGUUAUUACAAACGUCGAUUCUGAAAUCGAUUCUGGAGACUACAAGUGCGUCGCAGCGAACACGGCUGGCAAGGCGUCACACGGCGCUCGGGUUACCAUCGACGUUGAAAAAGUAAUGUUCGUGAGGAAUCUCAAGAAACAAUACGAAAUCGAAGAGGGGAAGACGGUGAUUCUGGAAUGUGAGACGUCUCACACAGUGUCUACGAAGUGGUACCACGACGACAAGGAGCUGAGCGGCAUGGAUCACAGGGAAAUCAUACAAGAGAGCCGCAUUCACAAAUUGAGGAUAAAAAGAUCUAAACUGUCCGACAAAGGAACCAUCAAGUGUGUGGUUAAGGACCAGGAAACGAAGACGAAGUUGAUCGUUCACGAAACCGUGCCUGAGUUCGUUCGCAAGCUGCAAGACUUCGAGGUCAAGGAGCGGGACGUGGCCAUAUUAGAAGUAGAAAUUAAUUCAGAAACCGCCGACGUCGUGUGGGAAAAGGACGGCGAGGUCAUUAAGCCGAAGAAGAGUAAAUACGACUUGGAGAAGCGCGGGAAUGUGAGGAAGCUCUACAUACGAAACACGUCCGUACACGACGAGGGCGAGUACACUUGCAAGUUGAGGGACGACGCCUGCACGGCCGAAGUGACCGUGGUGGAACUGCCGCCGGAGAUCAUCGAACGGCUCCGGGACCAGAAGGUCAACAGGGGGAACAAGGCCACGUUCGAAAUCGAGCUCACGAAGGGCGACGCCCUAGUCGGCUGGUUCAAGGAUGGCGAGGAGAUCCAGUUCUCGAACCGCAUCCAGCUCACGAUCGAUGGGAAGAGGCAGAAACUAAAGAUAUAUGACUGUUCAAGCGACGACGAGGGCGAGUACUCGUGCGAGGUGGGCACGGACCGGUGCGCGGCGCGGUUGACGGUGGUUGCGCCGGUGGUCGACUUUACGUUGCGGCUGCCGGAAGUAGUGGUGGUGCCGGCGUUGCGGGAUGGUCAGUUGGUGGUGGAGCUUCCGGCGCCCGACUUGGAAGUGAUCUGGUUCCGUCGCCAGUCGCCGCUGUGUGACUCGGAACGCGUGGCGCUGCUGGCCGAUGGCUGCCGACGCUCGCUGGUACUGCGUCGGUGCACUGAAGCCGACCAGGGCGAGUACUCGUGCCAGUUGGGAGACGCGCGUUGCUCCACCUGGCUUAAAGUCGAAGUGAUCGAAUUCGCGCCCAAAAUCUUGGAUUACGAGAAGGUGUAUAGAGUGAAGAGAGGCGGCGACGUCACGCUGUACGUUCAGUACGAGGCCAAUCCUCGGCCCAACGACGAAUGGGUCGUAAAUUCGAAGAUCAUAAAGAAGUCCAAGCACACGAAGCCCUCUAUCGACUCUAUGGCGGCCAGCCUCACCAUAAAGAAAACGGAAAAUCCGGACGCCGGCGUUUACAAGCUCAGGCUUGAGAACAACUGCGGCAAAGUAGAAGUCGACAUCGAAGUCGUCGUCAUAGAUAUCCCGGCGCCGCCUCGCGAACCUCGCGUACUCGAGGCGGACGAUCAUUCCAUCAACCUGUGCUGGAGGGAACCCGUGACCUGCGGCAACGCUGACGUCGUCUGCUACAUCGUGGAGUACCAGGAGGAGAACACGUCAGAGUGGGUCUCGAUAGAAAAUAUAAAGAAGACUCAGUGCUGCGUCGAGAACUUAAAGACGAAGUCCUCGUACAAGUUCAGGGUGUUCGCCGUCAACGAAGUCGGUGUCAGCGAGGCCUCCGAGAGUACGGAGUACGUCCGCGUUGAAAGAACUUCGGAUCGCCGACCGCCAGUAGUGGAAAGACCGCUCGAGGAUACCUUCGGAGCGCCAGGCGAAGACCUCGAGCUCACGUGUAUCUUCGGAGGCCACCCCGUACCGAAGAUCACCUGGUAUCGAAAUAACGAGCUACUAAAAACGGCCCGAGCGACGUACAUCAACAGAGUCGCGACGCUUUCGAUCUCAGUAUCAACGAACACCGAAGGCCAAUACAGAUGUGUGGCGGUGAACGAGCUCGGUGAAGCCGAGACGUCCUGUGUAUUGGAGUUACGUUUGAAACCCACGGUGGAAGUGGAAGAGGAGCAGCUCGACCAGAGACUCGCUGUGGGUGAGAUCUGGAGGGUAGACGCACUUGUGGGGGGUGAGCCCCGCCCCACUGUCAACUGGUACAGGGAUGGGGUGCGGCUAACUACCGCUUCGGGCCUGGACAUCGUCACCAGGGACACCUCCAGCGUCAUCACGAUAUCGAGUCUCCAGAGAUCACAUUCCGGAAAAUACACAGUCGAGGCGGUCAACAAGGCCGGCUCUGCGACUGUGGACGUCAACCUUAAAGUAUUCGACAAACCGAGCAAACCCGAGGGGCCCGUGAUCCUGCGCGAGAUAAGCCGCGAGUCCGUCACUAUCGAAUGGAAACCGCCCCUGGACGACGGCGGGCUGGAGCUUACGAAGUACGCCGUCGAGAAACUGGAGCCUCAACUGGCCCAGUGGGAACGCGUAGCUGACGUGGACCGCUACAUCAACUCCUAUUGUGUCCAACGCCUCAACGAGAACUGCGAGUAUAUGUUCCGAGUGAUCGCCCUCAACCCAGUCGGGGCCUCUGACGCCCUCGAGAGCGAUCCCAUCGUCAUCAAACACGCUCUAGACGUGCCGUCGCCACCACUGGGGCCGCUCGGCUUCUACGGCGUGACAGACGACUCUGUCACCAUCACGUGGCAUCCGUCCGAGAAAAAUGGCGGUUCAGCCAUCAUCGACUACACCGUCGAGAUCAAGCAGGAGGGCCAGAAGUGGAGACACGCUGCCACGUCGACCACCACAUUCGCUAAGAUCGAAAAACUCACGGCGAACGCGACCUACUCCUUCAGGAUAUACGCCAGGAACGAAAUCGGCACGAGUCUGCCCUACGAGUCCGAUGAGAAAAUCACCGCUGGGAAGACUUUAUCGCCGCCGUCGGGGCCGCAGGGCGUUCGAGCUGGUGACGUCACGGCGCGCUCUGUAACCUUGCAGUGGGAGCGCCCCGAGAGCGACGGCGGCAGCGCCAUCACCAACUACAUAAUCGAGUACAAGCCGGAGUCGAGCAAGACCUGGUCGAAAUUGGCGACGGUGCCGGGUUCGGUGCGGUCGCGCUGUCUGGAGAACCUUCGGGAAAAGGAGGCGUUGUUGUUCCGUGUCGCCGCCGAGAAUAUGGUGGGAGUGGGCCCCCCCACUGCCUGCGACCUUGUACGCCUCGAACGAUACGCCACGGUCCCGUCCCCGCCCACCGGCCCACUCGAGAUCCGGAUGAUGGGCAACAUCGUGACGACGGCGUGGGGCACUCCAGAGUGGGACGGAGGCGCGCCACUGCUGGGCUACCACAUCGCCAUCCGCGACGUCACCAAGACCAUGUGGAUGGAAGUCGGCAAGGUGGACGUCCACAGCCUCAAGUUCAACAUCAAGGACCUGAGCGAGGACCACACCUACAUGAUCCGGAUAUACGCUAGCAACGAGAUCGGACUCAGCGAGCCGCUCGAGUCCGUCGAGCCCUUCAAGGUCAUACCUUGUGGAGAGUCUCAAGCGGACGAGGAGGUGGGCGAAGCAACGGAAGCCACGGAGCCGUCGUUCAGCACGCAGACGAGCACGUCCUGGCUUCGUGAACACAACAUGGACGCGGACAUCCGGUCCUACGCACGAGCCUCGCUACUGCGGCGGGACGAAUACUUCUUCCGGAUCUGGCUCUACGCCAACCAGCUCUUUAAGUGAUCAGAGCUACACGCCACGUACAGAUAGGGUUGCCAGGUCACCUUGACAGUUUGAUCUGACAUUUGAUGAAGAUUUUAUGUGUCACUAUUAAUUAGAAGCGCACAUUAAAUAAUAUUAAAAAAAAAAAAUUAAAAAGACCAAUAAAAGCCUGGCACCCAAAAAAAAAAAGAGAAAAAAACAAGCGAUAUACAACAUUUCUAUAAAAAAAAUGUAAAAAAAAUGAUUGACUGCUUGUUAGCUGCCAGCUCGACGACCCGGCAGCCGCGUCUGCGACGCUACUCACCUGUGAUAUUUCAUGUCUCAUAGUCACGGAUAGACUAUUUAUUUCUAUUUAUUUCUAUUUAUUGUUCACAUUUGUUUGUUAGUCGAUAUUUAUUGUUUAGUCGAUAUUUACUGUUUAGUCUGUGGGCCGACGGCGCGGGGGGAGACGUUAAUAUAGGUGCACACGGGAGACCCGCGCCGCCGACCACUAUUUGUACUUCAAAACUUUGUAAUAAAUCAUAUUAAUAA